GACUUUCCUGCCCUACGAAAGAACUGGUUCCUGCCACGGAAGUUUCCUCUCUUUCCACCCCCUUCCCGUCGGAGGUGUUGGUUCUGCCCGCUCUCCUCCCUAGUCCCGGGUGAGGGAGAGGGAGACCCGGCGGCGCCUUCGUCCUGCUGACCGAGGCGGCUGAGCGGGCGCGCGGGCACCAUGACCGCCCUGUUCCCAGCCUCUGGCGGGGGGCCGCACGACUGCUUGCUCCAGCUGCACAGCGCCCUGCGGAGCCCGGACCCUGGGAACGCGGCGCUUCACGCCCACAUCUUCAUCCGCUCCUUGGCGGAGGCCUGCGUGACCAGCAGCGGCGACAGCGUCCUGGGUGCGUAGCAGCCUGAGGGCUCGGGUGGGGCUGCCCCUUGCUGUGAUUUAAGGCGCCGUGUGAGACUUGAACGGGUUUCAUGUGAAAUAAGCUUUCUUUCCCCUCGCGAGUUGCAGUUCCUGACCGGCGGAACUCCCUGCCACCUGAAGUACAAAGGGCCAACAGUAUCAGUAACGGGACCCAUCUCGCUGUUUGUUCAGUGAGGCUUUUUCGUUAGUGCAUAAGUUGACAGCUGUGUUGCCUGGUACUGAAUGCAUAAGUAAAUUCCAUUCGGUUUUAUGGAUAUUAUUCCCAUAUAAGGCAUGCAAGAGGUUGCAUGCUUGCACAGCCUUGCUUCUCCUAUGCAUGUUUAGUGUGUUCAGUGAGGUUUGCGUCUGUUCUAGUAAGCACGUUCAAGGUAGCUCUUCAGUCCUAAGCAUCCUUACUGAGGAGCAACAGUACAAGUUUGUAUGUGUCUAUUCAGAACAGAAGAACAGCCCUAUUGGAUUAGACUAAACACCUCUUUGGUCCAGCAUUUUGUUUCACAGCAGCCAACCAGGUGCCUGUGAGAAGCCCACAACAGGAAAGGAGUACAGUAAGGCCACAGCUUACACGGGGGUUGAUGUCCCAGGGAUCCUGUCUAAAGCCAAAGUGACAUAUAGUCAAAACACAUUGGGUUUCAAUGGUGGGUGAGAUUGUGAAGUAUCCGCCAGGAUAAGAAGGCCGGUGUCCCAGCCUCACUUUCCGAAAAGGAAGGCUGGCUGGCCAGUGUUCUCUUUACUCUCAACCAUUUGAAUGUUUCCAUACAGCAUCAUCAAUCUUAUACUUGCCUGCAGAAGCAUUUUCAACAAACAGAGAUACUCCCAGCCCCACUGGUCCGCUAUAAGAUAUUACCCCCCAACGAAUGGAGUGAACCUGUAAAACUGAUCACCUGGGGAAAGGGUUACGCUGCAGUUUCUACUCCACAGGGUGCUCGCUGGGUUCCCGCACGCUGCAUCCGCCUAUACCAUGAUGUGCUGAUCAUGGGGCCACGCCUCCCCCCUCCAUGGAAGCAUGAUAUGACAGCCUGUUUGUCACGUUAUGGUUUGAAAAUUGCCCCAGAAAAGGUUCAGGAAUCCUCUCCCUUUCAUUAUUUGGGACACAAAAUGAUAGCUAGCUAUUCUAUUCCUAUUGUCCCUGAACUUCAUGUUCCAAAACAAUGAAAUAUGUCCAGCUGCAGCAAUUGCUGGGCAAUAUCAACUGGAUAAGACCCUAUUUUAAAAUUCCCCUUGAAGUUUUACGGCCGCUUUUUUCAGCCUUAAAAGGCCAUCAAUCUCCUGGUGAUAAGAUCACGUCGGGGUCACCAGAUGUUGGGUUGAAAAUCACGACAGACGAGUGGUAGGUGUCAUAUGAGAGGCGUCUGCCGGGGCGAGCCCCGGGAACUCUCUUUUAUUGAAUAUUACAAACAUUGCCACAGGUGUGCUUGUGGCUGAUUGGUUGAUACAAACACAAAGCAUCUUGUUGCUGAUUGGUUAACAUAGGUACAAGGCGGGAAUUACAUAUAUCAAUUUAUCACUGAUAGAUCAAAGACUGAGAAUCGGAGCUGGAACUAGACAGGCAUGAAACCUCCUAAUUAAAUUAUAACUAAAGAUUAAUAUUGAGAGAACAUAACAUGAAGGAAUACAACAAUCACGUUCCGUAGAUGUGGUCAGCAAUGCAUUAAGAACAGGUCAGGAUACACUGUUUCAUGAACUCAAUGGGAACUGUUCAGAACAUUCUCAGACUCAUGUGCAGAGGCAAAAACUUCCCAGCGUGCAAGAGAAAAGAAGCAAUAGUUCUCAUAGUAAGACUUCACAGUUAUGUGCAGUAAGAGAACUGCAGAAAGAGAACUUCCCUUCAGAAGUCAUUUUCCCCGAAACCCCACUUCCCACCCACUUUUACUUAUUUAUUCAUCCCUUGCGUGUAAAACUGAAUGCACACAAGUUAAAUGUGUGUAUGUUGCUCGACAGUAGUCCUCACCUGCUGUUAGUAUGCCUCCUCCAACACUGAACACAGUGGGACUUAAUUCUAGGUAGGUAUGCUAACAAUUGUUGCAGAGCUGAGAUAGACUCAAUACUUUUCCAGCUCACACCCUUAGCCUCUACACUACAUGUACAUUAAACUGUGAAGCCACUAAAAAAUAUACAUACUGCAAAACAGAUGUUUUGGAAGAUGUACACUCUCUUUCCCCCUACAUUAGAGUAUAGCCAUAUAAGAAAAAAACAUGAUAUUAGAUAGACUCACAAAUUACUUUUUAAUUUGAAAUCAUAUUCACAAUACUGCUGCAAGUUUGAAAAUCAGGUUUACUGAAAUAAUAGGUCAGUGCUAUAUUUUAUUGACUGUCAGUUGUGUCUUGCUGUGUGAAAUGCCUUACUUUAUAUCAAAGAAAUAGCACUGUCCUUUCUUCAGAAAUCUAUACAAACAGAAUAAUACUUUGAGAUAUUUCUGAUGCUGUCAUUUCUUUGCAAUGAAUACAUUGUCAAGGAUAGUGUGUGAAUAAGGCUUGGGGAAAAUGUAUUUCCUUUAAAUCUGUUUGACACCUCAAGCAUUCCUUCUCUACAGGCAAGGAUUAAUUACUGCCUAAUGUUCUUAGUGAGAAACAUCAUGAGUUGUGACUACAGUAGACACUUCGCAGAUAAAUUUCAUAUCCCUGUAGGUGGUCUACUUAGAUGGGAUUCUGUUGUCUCUUUCGAUUCAGUGACAUGUUGAUGUGUGCAGAGAUUCUACAACUAAGCCCUUGAGCUAAUUUGUACUUGGAGUAAUUGGUAUUUUGGUUGUCAUUCAAUGUUUACAGCUUGAGUGCUGCUUUUAUUUGUAUGAUAACCCGGUUCGCACCACAUGUUGCAUACAGGAUGCGGGGGGCAGGGGCGGGGGGCGGGAAGAUUGUGCUUGCCAGUCCUGAUCUUCACAUGUUUAAACAGCAUUUCAUGUCAAGGGGUUAAUCGUAUGUGUUGUAAGACCAUAUGUUUGGAAAGAUAUUAUUUGCUUUGAUUCAUACUAUUUUCACCCAUGUUCCCACAGCUUUGCAGAUUUCACUGGUGUUUUCCAAAGAAGAUGGACUACUUGCAUUUAUCCAUAAAUCACUGAACAGUGAAGAAGUAAGUUGAUAAUCGUAGGCUGAAGCAUCCUUUGAUGUCUUAGUAAUUAUAAUUUUAUAUAUUUAUUUUCUUUGCUUUAUAUAUUGCCUUCUCCAACAAGGUCUCUUACUGUGUCUUUUGCUAAAAAUGCUUUCAAUGUCUUGUUUUCAGUUUCGAGAAUGCAGAGAAGAAGCAUUAAAAUUUCUUGUUGCCUUUUUGGAAAAGAUUGGCCAGAAAGUUCACCCUUAUGCACAAGAUGUAAAGGUGGGUCAAUUAAUUAAAAUUGCAAACAAAACUAGAUAGUUUAGACAGAUAAAAUAAUGCAGCUAGUAUAAUAAUACAUGUGAUCCAUUAUCAGCAAUGAGAAACUAGCAAUCCUUUGUAUAUUAAAUGCUUGCAUUAGACUGCUUCCUUUUCCUCUGCAGCACCAUCAUGUUCAAAAUGCAUCUUUUUGUGUAUUUUCAUUUCCUAGAAGAUGCAACUGUUCUGAAUUAGGAGUUUCACAUCACCAAGGCAGGAGAAAGUGAAAAUUAUAUUUUGGACACUGUUAUAAAGGAAGAGAAGGCACGAGGCACUUGUUUUUCGUGUUCACUGUAACUUUCACAUUCUAGCUACUCUUCUUUAGUGGAUGUAAGAACCUGGGACAGACACACUGGUCCAUCUAGCUGUGUACAGUCUCUCAGAUCUGAAGUCUUUCUCAGCCCUGAGCCCAUUUGUAGUGCAUCCAGAUUCUGUUGGGGAAGUUGUUCACUGAUGUGGCCUUUGACAAGAGUAAAUAGAGGAAGACAGAAUAUUCUAAUGUGGAGAAUCCUUAUUAUGCAGAAAUAUUGACUGAGUUUGCUUUACGUGGGCAGUUUGUUUACGCUUUUAUGCUAUAAAAUAGGGAACAAAUGUUAAAACAGUGCAAGAUACUGCACUACAAAUGCUGUACAUCAACACUAUUAUAUUUUGUCUUUUAAAAAUGCAGCGGAUGUGUCUUAGCGUUUAUACAAAAGACAAACUGGCAAAGUGCAGAAUCCCAGCACUAGAUCUACUGAUUAAGGUAAAACUUAUAGGUCUUUAUGAUUGUCAACUGUUUCCAGUAAUUAUGCAUGUUUGUAUGUCACAAAAGUGUUUUAAAAGUAAAUAAUAUUCACAGUAAGAUUCUUAUCUAAUUUUACAGAAGAAUACAUCAGAACAAUAUAAUAAAAAUGAUAAUGUGUUUCCUAUUAAGGGGCUAACAUACAUUCUACCUAGUUUAUUUACCAUAGAAUCAGAAUAAUAGAAGGGGAAUCAUGGUUUUGCUUUUUUGUUUUACUUAUUUACUUGUUUUUAUCCUGCACUUUAUUCUGUGAACUGCCCUAAGAUUGUAUGAUGAAGGGCAGUAUAUAAAUCUAAAAAAUAAAAGAUAAAAUAGAAUUGUAGAGUUGGAAGGGACCACAAGGGUCAUCUAGUCCAACCCUCUGCAGUGCAUGGAUCUCAACUAAAACAUUCAUGACAGAUUGCCACCCAGCGUCUGCUUAAACACCUCCAAUGAAGUAGAGUCCACCAUCUUCUGAGGGAGCCUGUUGAACAGCUCUUACCGUCAGAAACUUCUUCCUGGGGUUUAGUAAAAAUUUCCUUUCUUGUAACUUGAAUUCAUUGGUUUGGGUCCUACCCUCCAGAGUAGGAGAAAACAAGCUUGCUCUACCUUCCAAAACUCUGAAGGACUCUUAUUUAGCUAGGAAAAAAAUAAUGUAUUUUACAAUACUGUUUUGAGUGCUUUUAGAAGAUUUUUUAAAGAAUUGUCAUUGGUUAACAUCAAUAUCCUUUCAGCUGCUUCACAGCUUACGGUCAUCUUAUGUGAUGGAAGACAUGAAAGUCAGAGAAAUCUUUACCAAAUUCUAUAGUGAACUUGCUAUAAAAAGUAAAGUGUCUGAUACAGGUAUCUUAACUAUAUUACUACUUACGUUUACUGUUAGUAAUUUUUAUUUAUUUAUACUUGUAUUAGCAAACAUACACAGCUAGGGGAUGAUGGGUCACUACUCUAAAUUGCUAACGGAUUUGAGAAUAAUCCAACGAAAGUUAAUUGUGACUAGGGAGAAAGUCAUAUUGAAUGCUUGCGUCUACCUUGGAUUAGCCUGCAAAUCCCUUUGAGAGCAAGAAAAUGGAAUCUAGUAACGAGUAACUUGACUUCAGUAGAACCUAGUCCUUAUUAACUGUUGCUGGAAUAACCUCAUUUCCAGUUCAACAGUGGGAAUGUCAUUAAGUCAAGCCUUUGCUGCCCUGAGACUGCAAAAGUGAGGGGAAGGGAACUCUGCAAUAUGCUACCAGAGGAACAAGUGCCACUGGGAGGUUAUACUGCCUUUGUCCCAGAAAGAACAUCAGGGAAAGGGAGCAUGGCCCCAGCCAUUGGGCACUAAAGACGAAGCUGUGAGGAGUUCCCUGCCAGAAAGAACUCUUAACUUCCCACCAAUUGCCCUGGGACUGCAGAAGCAAGGGAAAUGAAACUUUGGUUUCUGCCACUAGGUGCAGGAACUAAUACUGGGUAUUCUUUGUAUAGUUAUAGUGUGGUGUAAGUUGCCUUGGGGGUCAUCUUAUUGCAUGAUUCCUUUAUCUAAGGAAUGUGUAUAAAUCCUUAAAAUAAAGACUUGCAUCUCUUGAAUCCAGACCUAAGCACACUGCAGACCUUAGCUAUCCAUGAGCCGCCUCUGAGGUUCAUACUUACUUUCACUUCCCCUCAAAAUACUGCUCCCCAUCAUCUCUGUGCCUUCACACAUAAGAAUUCUGUUCAUCCACAGAUAAUUUUGGAACAUUAUGCUUUCCUUAAUUCCCCCCCUUCUCAUUCCCUCCCCACUGAGAUGAAGCUUUUUAUCCAUUUGUACAUAACUGGAGUGGUGUACUUUUAAACUUAUUUCUCUUUCGACUGUUACAUUAGUGUGAGCUCUUGGAGCUAGAUGUGAGGUAGCUUCUUUCAGAACUAUUUCCACAUGUGCUAAUUUCUUCCUUUGGGGCCCAACUUAUCUAUGAUUAGGAUAGCAAGAAGUAGUAACUAUGUAUGUACGCUUUCACUGUUUCCCCCAAUAACAAAGACCUUAAGUCUUGUGGCACAUUAAUCAGUAACCACCUUGUGUCUGUCUGCGGAACAUUGACAGCGCAGCUGGCAGUGACAAUGACUAAAUAUUAGGAUAAUAUGGGUGAGACUGAAUAAGACGUUUCGGAUCUAUAAUAACACUUGGGUGAUUUAUUAAAUCCUUCAUUGUUUAGGAGAGAUAUUUUUGUGUGUAGCUGGAUUAAAAUAAAAUGUGAACACAUAAUUAGGGUGCUAAAUAUUCUUUUUUUUAAGUGUUGGAAAGGAUUUAUGAACUCCUGGGAGUUUUGGGAGAAGUCCAACCUAGUGAUAUGCUUGCCAACUCUGAAAAACUAUAUCGAGCUUAUUUGGGAGAACUCAGAACACAGGUAAAGUAAGGACUUCUUGUGGGAUAUCAGCAAAAGCUUUUCCUUGAUGUUCUGUCUUGGUGUGUGUCAGAUUUUCCUCCUAUAGCUCUCUAGAUACUUAGAAAUCCAGGCGGCCUCUUUGCCUCACAGACUGCCUGGUGGGACCUUUACCACUAUGGCUUGGAAAGCCCUUUUCAUCAUAGGGCCCCGUUUUUGCUUUUAUUUCCAAGAUGGUGGGUUUUCCUGCCUUUACCCACGUCUAUAGCAUAGUGUUUCCCUUCACCGGCUCAUGCUGUUCUGCAAUAUUUCCUUGUUGGCUCACUGCUAGGAGUUACCUACCAGAAUUAAUUUCUGAUAGUCAGCUAUGCCUUGCUAAUGCAGAUUGUAGAAAUCACCCUACUGAUUUUCCUCUUACACCUAAGUGACCCCUCUCCCAAAUCAGGAAAGCUUUCAGGGGCAAGGGAAGCAAGUCACUGCUAACAGCUCAUGAUAGCAGGCAAAGGACGGUCAAGAAGGGGUGGUGGUGGAGCUGUUGUGCCUUCAUCCCCUCGCUCAACAAUCAGGAAAGCCUUUUUACUGGGUGAAGCAUGCGACUGGCAGCAGGCAACAAACAAGGAAGACGGUUGCUUCUUGCUGCACCAACACUCAGGAAAUCCUCUUUAAGGGGCAAGGCAAGCAAAUCUUUUUUAGCUGCAUGUGGCAGGCGGGCAAUGAACAAUCCAGUCCAAGGGCCUGCUACUGUUUUAUUCUUUCAGCUUUUUUUCUUUUCUUUUUAAAGCCCCUACAAGGGGCAAAGGAAGCACCUGUAGUUGGUUCCACCUGGCUGAAGGUCGUCAAGAAGCUAAGCUGCUCCUUCCUCUCCAUGCCCCAGACCAGACUUCUGUGUCAUUGUUGCGAGUCUUCUUAACAUAAUGUUGCUCAAGAAAAAAAAAGUGCUGGUACAGAGUUGCAGUGCAUACAGAGUACCUACUCAUUUAUUUAUUUAUUUUUGCUGGAUUGUGCCCAGUUUUUCUAAGAAACCUAGUGAGAUAUAUAGAAUGAUUAACUGCAUUCUAUAUAUUAUAUGCUAUACUGGAAACAAAUUACAGAUUUGUUUUAUAAUCAGAGGAUAUAGCUACUAUGUUUAAGUUCAUUUGAGAAAUCAUGUCUUGCAUUGCAUGUUGAUAUCUCGGGAUACCUGGUCCCCUUCCGUAUUAAAUACAUCACUUCCUUGUUUUCAGAUGACUUCUGCAACAAGAGAGCCUAAGUUUGCAGUAGUAGCUGGGUGUCUGAAAGGACUGACGGCGCUCAUGAGUAACUUUACUAAGUCCAUGGAAGAAGGUGUAGUAUUUCUUUUAUUAAAAUUUAUAAGUAGCACAGUUCUGUCAAACUGCAGGAAAUUGCCUCUCUUUCUGAAUUCGCUAGACUUUUGAUUUCUACACCCAGAACCAGAAGCAUUGUUGGAUAUACUUGUCCAGAUUUUACAUCAGUGUAGGCAAUCAGUUAUGGCUGCAAGUCCUAUUACUUUGGCAAGUAAUCCACUAUCUCCAUCUUCCCUUUUAGCCCACAUUUUUGGGAACAAUAAGUUUAUAGGGCUAGUAUAAACAGAUUUUUUUUGUACAUUCCUUCUCUGCUUUGCUCCAUGUGGUGGUGUUGGAGCUGUUCUAUAAAUUUGAGGAAUGCUGAUACACCUAGCUGAAUGUUCCCAGUGGAUCAAUUAGUUCAGCUCGCUGUCCUGAGAACUGGUAUCUGCUGCACAUAAAACAAUUCUCCAGACUUUUGGCCUGUCUUUCUUGGAAAUCACUAAAUGAGAUUUUAUAACCUCUGUGGUCUGGGUAGUUUUAAUUGGAAAUGCUACUCUUUCAACUUGAACAGCCUUUUGCCCUUUUUGUCUGUUUCUAUUUGUGACAUUUUCAGCAAUAGGGAAUAGUUUCUUUCUAAAUUUGGUCUUGCAGUUGUACUCUACUCAGUUCUGAUAACUUUCAGGGUCCUGAGGUAUGUCUAUAUGGCAUACUUUCUGUGGUGAAGAAUCAAUGCAUAGUUUGCUCAAAGUAGCAUGUGGCAUUGCUCCAUCUUUCCAUAGAUCUAAUGUCUGUAUGAUCUGCCAUUUAGAUACACAGAGGAUCAGUUGAGUUUUAUUUAAUAGAAGGUCGUUUUGGAGUGACACUGAUACACUGUGGUUGAAUUGGCUUUUGUGAUGAUCUGAACUUUUGUGUCAUAUGAGAAGUUUAAAAUGAUGCCACCUCAUGACCUUAUUUACAUUUUUUUUUCCUCUACAGAUCCUCAAACAUCUAAAGAAAUCUUUGAUUUUGCAAUGAAGGCAAUAAGUCCACAGGUAUAAUGGAUUUUUUUUUGCCUUCAAAACAAUCAUUCUUUAAAUUUGUUAAUUAGAUCUGACAAACAAAUCUUCUUAUACAAAAUAUUUUGACAUUGCAGAUUGACUUAAAGCGAUACGCAGUUCCUCUUGGUAAGAACUUUGUUUCAUGUAAAAUAGUUGGCUGCAACAGUAUCUCUGAUAGCAUAUUUCUUCUCUAUUGGAUAAGAUGUAAUGCAUGUAAUCUAUUUUUUGUCUACAAGAAUAAACAAAAAAAAUAAAGGCAAGAUAAUUACUAAUUUCAAUCCUAAUUUCUUGGAGUGAUUAUAUAAACAAAUGGCUCUUGUAAAAUUAUUCAAGAAAGAUAACACUUGCAUCAGUUAUCAGCUGGAACAAAAAGUCAAAUUUAAAUUCAAAAUUUUACUUUUCAGCUGGACUGCGUUUGUUUAGUAUCCAUGCUGCUCAAUUCAGCACAUGCCUUCUUGACAACUAUAUCGCACUAUAUGAAGUAAUGUCCAAAUGGUGUGGCCAUCAGAAUAUAGAACUGAAGAAAGCUGGCCAUUCAGCUUUGGAUGCGUUUUUUAAACAGGUAAAAUAACCACCUUGUCUCCCAUGUCUGGUUUUCUCUCUCUUUGUUUUGCUUUCCCUUCCUUCUGCAUGGGACUUUUUUCCCAUGCCUGGCUGUUCCCACAGUCGUUCUUCUUGAUGCAAGUGCUUAUGGCAGCAAGGUCUUACUGCCACGCGCAUAAUGUAUUUUUUUAUGUGGGGUUAAAGACUCUACAUACAUAUUGACAUAUAGAUUGCUAUUCUAUAUUAGUAUAGUGUCUGAACCAAUGGGACCACAGUCUUUUUGUUCCUUUCAUCGUGACUCUAAAAGUUUUCUUUAUUAUUGUAUGUUGAUGAUAUUGUCUUUAUAUCAGCUUGGUUUGAAGAAGCUGCUAAGUAGCAUAGAUAUGAAUUCAUGAUGAAUUUAUUUUGUAUGAGCUAUCUAAUUUAUAAAUAUCCUAUAUUAUACAUAAUACGCAGAUCUCUGCAAUGGUUGCGAAGGAUGCAGAAAUGCAUAAGAGCAAGCUGCGCUACUUCAUGGAACAGUUUUAUGGUAUCAUCAGAAAGAUGGAUGCCAGCAACAAGGAAUUGUCCAUUGCUAUUCGUGGAUAUGGGCUUUUUGCAGCGGUAUGUAUUUUAGUUCCUGACAUAAUAGAAUCAUAGAAUUGUAGAGUUGGAGUUGGAUGACCCCCAACGGUCAUUUAGUCCAACCCACUGUAAUGCAGGAAUCAUUUCCUAUCCCACUUCUUGGACCCGAGAGACUAAAAAACCAAUGGGCAGCCAGAUUCUGGGUGCAACCUCUCCUGGUACUCUGAUGUUGGAAAGGUUUAAUGUUAGAGUGAAUAAGACAUUUAUUUUAUAAAGAUUUUUCAUGAUCCUUGUGCAGAAAUCUUAGCUGCAUCAUUUGGGAUAAAUGAAACCUUAUAAUAGGUUGCAAGUGAGUCGCAAAUUGAGUUGAAUACAAUGUUUAGAAAAAGUGAACUUAAAUCACAGAAUGUUGCAAUAAGUGAGUUGCACCUCAGCUCAGAAAUAGCAUUUCCAUGAUCUUUAAUGUGGUGGCUUUUUGCAGAUAUUUAGGUUUACAGAAUUAAUGUUUGAAUUUGCCCUUGGUGCUUAGAAAUUGCAGUUAGUAAAUCAAAUAACUUAGACUGUAAUAAUGGCUUGGACUUGAUAAUCUUGCCAUGAAUGGAAGGCAGUUCUUGUAACAUGACCAAAGCUUGCUGACUUCCUUUGCGCCCUAAUAAUCUCAGACCGGCUCCAUAGGGCCAGAGCAGUUUUUCAGAAGGUCCAGAGGUCUGCAGGCAAAGAGAAAUGGAUUACUCCCUCUCUGCAUUUUAUUGGCAGACCAAUUCUUUAUUUUAAUCUAGUGUUAUUUCUCUCUCUUUCAAAGCCAUGCAAAGCUAUCAAUUCCAAGGAUGUUGACUUCAUGUAUGUUGAACUCCUUCAGCGCUGUAAGCAAAUGUAUCUCACCGAGGCAGAAACUGUAGAUGACCACGUGUAUCAGCUACCAAGUUUCCUUCAAUCUAUUGCUAGUGUCAUACUGCACUUAGAUACUGUAAGUGACUAGUUUGAAUCACAUUUGUGAGGCUUUUAUUUGUAUAAAGUAGAAGGCAUUGCGUAUGUCCUGAUAGCGAACUUGUUCUUCAAGUGCUAAUCUUUCGGUUCAUUACGUGGUGGGGGUGGGUGGGAUGGAAUAUCAGCAGGCUUGAGACAUCAUCAGGGGUAACCCCAAGGUUUGCAGAAGCACCGCAGAUCUUUAUGGAGCGGGCAGAACGAAAACAGCUUAGUGAGAACUGAGCAUGCUCAGUGACCACCAAAUGUACCCUAACUGUUGUGGAGGGGGGAAAUAGAACAUGUGUAGAGGGGAGGAUGGAGAAUGACUCUACAGUGGUGCCUCGCAAGACGAAAUUAAUCCGUUCCGCGAGAGUCUUCGUCUAGCGGUUUUUUCGUCUUGCGAAGCAACCCUAUUAGCGGCUUAACGGAUUAGCGCUAUUAGCGGUUUAGCGGCUAUUAAAGGCUUAAAGGCUUAGGGGAUUAGCUACUAUAGGCUAUUAAAGGCUAUUAAAGGCUUAGCAGAUUAGAUAAAGGGGGGGAAAAGCGAAAAAAAAAUCUCUAGACUCGCAAGACAUUUUCGUCUUGCGAAGCAAGCCCAUAGGGAAAUUCGUCCUGCGAAGCGCAUUGAAAACGGAAAACCCUUUCGUCUAGCGGGUUUUCCGUCUUGCGAGGCAUUCGUCUUGCGGGGCGCCACUGUACUUGUAUGACUCUUAUUUGUGAUGAAGGUGAUGCAAAUUUUCUCUCUCACUAAAAAACAAAACCUACAACCCCUCCCACUUGGAAAAAAAAAUCUUGAAGAUUUUUAGUGAAUGUGUAGCUGCUAUCUCCUAAUAUGCCACUGUUGUUCUUCUAGAUUCCUGAAGUAUAUACUCCAGUUCUGGAACGUCUGAUUGUGGUGCAAAUAGAUAGCUUCCCACAAUACAGUGUGAAAAUGCAGUUUCAGUGUUGUAAAUCCAUUAUAAAGGUUUUUUUAGCCCUGGCAGGAAAAGGCCCUGUACUGUGGAGUUUUAUGAGCACUGUGGGUGAGUUUUGUCGAUUGUCUCAAAACAAGCUUUCUUCUUUAUUGCAGGACUAGUUCAGGUUUGAGAAACAUGAAAAGUAAGGGUAAUAGAAAAUUAUGCCAGUGGAGUUUCUGUCAUAUUCUGCUGUGUCGCAGUCAGUGUAAUGAGACUGCACCCUUAUUCACAAUGACUUUUUAGGUUAUAUUGCAUAUGUGGGCAAUUCAUAUGUGAUUCUGCUUGAAAGUGAAUUGGAAACUGAAUUUGGCAAGAAACAGAAUUCAUUUGUUAACUUUUCUGCAGUGCCUAAUACAAAUGUACGCGCCUAAGUAUAAUUUUACUAUUUUAGUUUCACUUGUAAUCAAAUUUACAUUGAUGCAAAAGGUAUUUUUAAAAUGUGGUAAAUAUCAGUUAAUGUUAUGGAUAAAGAUGUUGGCUAUUUGCAGUUUAGUAGCGCUGCGGAGAGCUUGCUGGGGAGACCAUGCAUUAAAAGGGGACUCAAAAAUAACUUAAACAAGGUUUUAAUAACAAAAACAAAAACUCCUUAUACACUAAAUACAUCAACAACAAACCAGACCCAACCACCAACCCAUCCCCCAGGGUAAUGGGAGAGCUAGGUGCUGCUCCUUGUAUACUACACCCAAUUGCUGACACAGCUUAAUCAGUACAACUCAGCAGCACCUGCUAUGUUUCACAGCUGUAAAGCUGGGUCUCGUUAUUUUGCUCUGGCCCUUGCUCUGGCCCCUUAAAGACAUACACAUCGGGUGGAACAAUGAUGAACCUUUACAUUUAAAGAAACCAUUCAACAGCCUCAUGUCCUAUGUAGGACUAAUAUGGUGUCUUCUGCGUUGGACCCAGUGCUUUUUUUUCUGGGGGUUCUCAAGGGCACACAGUACCUGCACCCUUUUUUCCUAGAAGAAAUGCAGUGAUUGGACCCAUAACAAGAAUGAAUCUUACAAUAGCUCAGCUGUCUUGCCAGAUCCUUCCUUUGGUCUGGAGGUGGGGGGGGGGUUGUGUGUGUGUGUCGCUGUUUGUAUUUAUUUUGUUUUCUUUUAAACUUUUGAACUUUUUUUUAAAAAAAACAAACCACUGCACAUAAUUAGGCCUCAGUGUAACCUGGUAACUAAUAAAGCAACUUGGUAAUGACAUCAGUUGCUGAUUUGGGGUUCAUUUUCAGUGCCAGAAAGAUUCUAGAAUAUUCAGACACUUUUUAGUCCACCUUUUUGAUGUGUUUUCUUAAAUAUUGAAAUACCUUCUUUUUCAGUGCAUCAAGGUUUAAUCAGAGUCUGUUCUAAGCCAGUUGUCUUCUCAUCGGUAAGUGUUGUUGAAGUUUUGCUGAAUUAGGUUUUGUGUUUGUGUAUCCUUAUUACUUGUGUUCUGUACAAAAACGUUUUGUUGCCCUCUUUUUCUUCCAAGGGGGUGCAUUUAUUAACAAAUUGCCAGCUUCAUAAAUUGCUAGGGUUUCCCCUCACUUGCCAUAGUCCCCUCAUGAAAAUGUGCAUCCUUUUUUACAUGGUGCCCUAUAGUGCUCACCCACCAGGAAUGUAACCUAUAUAUUUUCUUCAGUAACUGUUCUUUUUUUCCUCUUGAUGAACACUACUUGGGUUUCCCCUUCUCAAAUGCCCUUUCUUUGUUUACUGGAAGUAUCAGAGGGACUGAGUGAGAGGUCAAACAUUACUGUAUUUUUCGCUUCAUAAGACACACUUUUUCCCUCCUAAAACGUAAGGGGAAAUGUGUAUGCGUCUUAUGGAGCGAAUGCAGGGGAGAGGUGCGCCUUAUGGUCCGGUGCGCCUUAUGGAGUGAAAAAUACGGUAAAUCAUUUGGUUAAUACUAUAAUUGUAGAAAACUUUGGGGACUAAAGAAGUGGGUCUUGCUUGAAUGUUAAGCAUUAAAAUACCAUAUGAAGUGAAAUUUCCUGCUGAUCACUUGAAAUACCUUGUUUUAUCUUGUUUUAAGUAUCUGAAUGUGUAUUAUUUGAAAUACUAUACAUUCCUAAGAUGGGGCACUUAACAUGAGAAUGCCCUUGACAUGUCUUAGUACAGUGGUCCUGUGUGCUCUUCUAUCACUUAUGUAUGCUUCUGAAUUAGGCAGUGUUCAUUUUUGCUAUCCUAGGAUAAGCUAUGUAGAGAUAUUCAGUAUUAUGUUGCCUUCUAGGAAUAUUCUGGAAAAAACGUUUCUAGUUCAGAAGAGCCUCCUACAUCUGGAGAAGUUCGAGCUGGGAAAUGGAAGGUGCCUACAUACAAGGAUUACUUGGAUCUUUUUAGAAGUUUACUGAGCUGUGACACAAUGAAGGUAAAAAAACCACUAAUGCUGGAUCUUUAAUUAAAAAUUUAUGAUUUACUUAAGCUUUACUUAAAUGCUUUUCAUUUCCCUUGUAUGCAUUUUCUCACAAAACAAUACCGAUUAAAAGAAAAUAAAAAUAUUUUAAAAUACAGUCAUACCCUCACAGUGAAUAAUUUCAAGGUUGCCAGGUGCAGUCUCUUUCUGCCUGCUCAUGCCUCAGUGAACAGGAAUAUGCUAAACUUCCUCCUAAAUGUUGUUAAUAAGGGAGACAUGGAUACCCAUUUGUGAAAUGCCCUUCUUGGUGAGGUAACUGCCACCCAAAAGGACCUGUCAUGGUUCGCCAACAGCUGGGCAGCUCUAGUAACAACAGGACCUCUACUGAUUGUAGGUCCUAAUAUGGUUUAUGCUGAGAGAGGUUCUUUUUUGGGUAAUGGGAUCUCAAGCUGUUUAGGGUUUUUAUAUGCUGCUACUAACAUCUUGAAUUGGGCCUCGUAGCUUACUGGCAGCCAGGACCGUUGAUCCAUGAUCCAUCAGACUGUCCCACUUGGCAUGCUGGCUGCCACAUUCUGCAUUAGCUGCAGCCUCUGGACCUCCUUCAGUGACAGCCCCAUGUGCAGUGCUUUGCAGCAGUCCAAGUUAUAAAACAAAAAAAUAAACAGUUAAGAGUAGGGAAGCUUGGGCAUACGUAUAUGUUUUUAAGAGAUGUUUAAAGGCCAUUGCUGACUCUACUUCAAAAAUUACCUGAGGGAGGACAUUUCAGGUAGUAAGUGCUAUUGUCAAGAAGGCCUGCUUCUACACUGUCAUUAAGUGACAGUAGGUUGUGGAACAAUCAGCAGAACUUCCUCAGAAGUUCUUAAACAUUGGCUUGGCUUGUACUGGAAACUACUUGGUCUGUAAUUUCGGAAUAAACUCUGACAUAACUAAAAAUAUGUUCUUCUGUUCUCCAAUGUAGGACUCUCUGUUCACAGAUGAAAUGUUUCUAAUUGCAAAUUCACCUCUACAGUCUCUAAAUCGGUUGUUAUAUGAUGAACUCAUAAAGUCUAUCCUAAAAGUAAUUGAAAAGUUGGAUCUUACAGUUCAGAAACAGAACAUUAGGGAAGAGAAGGUAAGACUGGAUAUUUGAAAAUAGUCUCUCUCACCUUCUCACCUUUUGCAUUUCUGCCCAUGUAACAGGUUCAGGGUGCACUUUCAACAAAUGAAAACUGAUUUACUGUUAUAUUAUUCAUACAUGUAUCUGAUUAUCAUGUUCAGACACAACAGUAAACAAUAAUUUAGUGAUGCAUAAGGAUAGUCCAUGUGGUGCCCACCAGAUGUUGUUGGGCUACAGCAUCUCCCAUCAUCUCUGACCAUUUGCCAUGUUUUCUAGAGAUAAUGGCAAUUUUAGUCCAGUAUCAUUUGGAGGGCACCACAUUGGCCUUCCCAGCAUAAAUGAGCUUUGAGCUUGUGCUUUCCCUGGUACAACCUUUAGGUGGGAAUCAGAUGCAUCCAUUUUCGUUUUCGACUAACUGAAGUUUAAUUUUGUCUGAGUUGGGACUAUCAUGUGGUUACUUUUAACUUGGCUUUGUCUAGACAAAGCAGAGUCAGAACAUGUGUCAAAGGAGAAGCACAAGAGUUUGGAGAUUGCUCACAUAGCGCUAAACUGGUUUAGUGUUACAUCUAGAUGCAGCCAUAGUUUUCAUUAAAGUUUUAUAGCCCAUCUUUAAAAAGCCAUUAGGAUGGGUAGGGCUGUAAAACCGAGUGCAAUAUUUAUAACAGUUCUUAAGACUAAAAAGCUGAUAAUCUAAAUUAUAUACUGCAUUGUAGAAUCCAACAACAGGAGGGUUUAGGAAGAAAGUAUACAUGAUCAGAUGCUGAAUUGAGUUACUUUAUGGGAGUGGAGACAUAAGCAGAUAUAAUUUGUAGAAGUGCAAAUUGCCAUAAAUAUCAGAUAUUUCAAUUUUUAUUUCUCCUUUCCUGAAGGCGUUUGUGAGAAUGUUAUAGUGCAUGGAAUUCAAUGUCUAGCUGUCCCGUCUACGAAUGUAUUUCAACUUGCCAGGCAGAAUUAUCCCCCCUCCCCCUCCCACGUUGUUCCAGGAGUUCUCCCAAUCUUCCCAGACCCAGUUACUGAGAGGAUAUGUGAAGUGGGGAAGUUGCAUUGUGUAAGGGGAAGUCCUUAUACAGAUCUAGUGUGGAUGGGUCUUGUUAGGUGAAUUUGGCCCAUUAUAUUUAAGGGAGUCCUAAAAAUGAACUGAUACUUCAUUUAAAGAACCCAUCGUAUUUAAAAUAAACAUCCACAAAAUUCCCGCUAGAUUAAAAUACCAUAAGUAGCAAUAAAAUUCAACAAAUAGGAUACUUUUUGCAGCACUGCUUUUCUAUAGGAUUCUAAUUAAUUGUAGAAUAAUUCAUUUUUUUCCAACAUGCCUUCAUCAAAGAGAUUGUAUACAUGUUAAAUUAAAGAAAAAUAGAGACAAGUAGGAGAGAUACAUGCAAACGCUAUCCAGCCUAACCUGGUUGCAAAGACUGUGCAUACUUCUGAUUUUCUUUUCUCAGGAUGGAAGUGUAGCUGAUGUUGAUCUCACCAUUCCUACUUCCGAUCCAGCUGCAAACCUUCAGCCAAACAAGCCUAAAGACUUUACAGCCUUCAUUAACCUAGUGGAGUUUUGCAGGUAUGUUCUGUUGUGUGUAGUUCAAGGAAAUGCAGAACAUAUGUGAGACAUAUAAUUCAGUUACAUUGUGCUGGUACAGUUUAUAUUAUGCUGGGGCCAGUGGGCAGCCAAACUCCUGUCUGGAAAUGGCAUGGCCUAUUCAUUGUUUGCUGGCAGUGUUUGUGAAUGGGUGGAAUAGACAUAGCAAUCUCCUGCUUAGGACAGGGCACCCUGGGCCUUUAGCUUUAUGGGGGGGAGGGGGAUGACUUCAAUUCAUUGCUUGCUGUUCUCUUUAUCUCUGCAGAGACAUCCUCCCAGAGAAGCACGUUGAGUAUUUUGUGCCUUGGGUUUAUUCAUUUGCUUAUGAGCUAAUUAUACAGUCAACGCGGUUACCCUUUAUUAGUGGAUUUUACAAAAUGCUGUCUAUUGCCAUGAAAAUUGCUAAAAAAACAAAAUACUUUCAGGUGAGAUAACUCUUGUAAGGAGGGUAAUUACCUGUUAUAUGUUCAAGAUAAAGUUAAUGUUAUGCUGCUUUGUACCUGCGCUGCAUAUGUGCUUGAUAUAAUUGUGAUUUUUUUCAUUUUAAUAGUUAAGAAUUUUUUUGUAUUUUUAUACCUGGCGGUGGUUCUGGGAUGGAAAUGGGCAAAAAUGCAACAUGGAGGGAUGGUGUGUUUAGGGAGAUCCUUCAGCUGUGAAAGGUGGUUUUUAGCUUGGGUUGAAUAGGGCGGCACUCUGCCUGAAAAACCAAGUAUACAGUUUAGGAGUGCUCCUGGAUUUGAUGCUGAUUGGAUAAGCCCAGGUGGCAUCAGUAACCAGGAGUGCUUUUUGCCAGCGUCAGUGGGUAUGCCUACUGCACGCCUAUUGGAAAGGGACUAACCUUACCACAGUGGUUUAUGCUCUGGGUAUGACUGGACUGUACAGCUGUAGUGUGCCCUAUUUGGGGCUGUUCAGAAACUUCAGACGCUCCAGAACAUGGCUGCUAGAGUCAUACUGGGGGCAAGGCAGACAGCAUCUGUAACACCUCUUUAGUAUAUCAGCUGAGCUGGUUAUCUGUGCAUUCCUGGGCCCAAUUAAACUGCUGGUUUUGACCUUUUAAAGCCCUAAACAGAUUGAGCCCAAGUUAUUUAUUGGACCACCUGCACACAUUCCAGGGUUUUAACAGGAACACCAGUCAUACCAGCCAGGAAAAAACCACACAGCCUUCUGGAAACCCAUUGGAUCCAUUAGCCUUCAAGGGUCAACCAUCUCAAUAAGUCCUCUGCCUCUGCAGAAGGGAAAAGGUGCUGAAAGCCUAAAUCUCAACAGGAAGUGAUCUGGCCAUGACAAGGGGCUGAUGUCAAUAUCCCCCACUUUCAGAUCACCCUUUUCCUGCCCAGUUGAGAAAGCAAGGUCCAGAAUGCGGCCUGUUACAUGUGUUGGGCCAAUGACAUGUUGGGCCAUCCCUACAGUUGUCUUGGCAGCCAUGAAGUCCUGAGCCACCCCAGAGCCAGUCAUUUAAGCAUGGAUGUUAAAGUUCCCCAGAAGUCUGGGAGUCCUCAACACUGCAUCUGAGAACAUCUGGGCAGUGAGAUCAGCGGUAAACCAUCAGAAUCCCUAAUCUGUCUUGACUGUGUCAGGAACACAGGACUUUAUAGGUGAACAGCAGCACUUGACAUUUUGCCCAGAAACAACUUAACUCUAAGAGAUUCUAUCUUGAGGACUGGCAGGAUACAUCCUUUACUGCUGGCGCUGUUUGCUGUGUUCUGAACCAGUUGCAGUUCCCAUAUAGUCUUCAAAACCAGCCCCAUGUAAAGGACAUAAUCUAUUAAUCCUGCAUACAUUAGUGGGUGCAUGGAUUCCCUCAAUUAUAUGACAUUAUUCAAUUGGUUCUUUUUUAAAAAAUGGAACACUAAGAGGACUGACCCAAUUUGUACAAUUCUGCAUGUUUUUUUGUUUCUCAGGGUGUCGGUCCAAAGAGUGAAAAGAAAUGUCAUGAAGAUCCAGAGAAGAGUUCCUGCUUUGCUUUAUUUGCAAAAUUUGGAAAAGAGGUGAGACGUUCUCUGUGAUAUUUCUUUGAAAUAUUUGUUGAGUCUUUUGAGUUACGUGUAAUAAGUAAAUUUGUAUUUAAAUCAAUUCAUUUCAAAAGAUUGGUGUACUUGCUUGUCCAACAUAAGACAUUUGUCAAGAUGAUUUGAACGUCAGGUAGUUCUUAACAUUAUUCCAUUUUUCUCAAUUUAGGUAACAGCAAAAAUGAAGCAGUACAAAGAUGAACUAUUGGCAUCCUGUCUUAUUUUUGUGCUUUCCUUGCCGCAUGACAUCAUCAUGCUGGAUAUUAAAGCAUACAUUCCUGCUUUGCAGGUGGGUCAGUAUGGUGAAUAAGCAAUACAGUCAUUUUCCCCUUGCAUAUAUACUUGUUUGCAGCAUGAUCCUAUGUAUGUUUACUCAGAUGUCAGUCCCACUGAACUAAAUGAGAGGUAAGUGUGUAUCGAAUUACAGCCUUUAACAUCUGCAUUGUCACCAUUCAUUGGUGAAUUAGUGGGGAAACCCAAAGUUUGAAUGUCAGAUUAGUAUGGCAACCAUGUGUGCUGUUCAUAGUUUUAUUUGUCUGUGCUGACCACCAUACUUAAGCUGUAUCUCAUUCUAGGAGUAAGUGUAUUAAAACUAUAACUUUGUAUGCACUUUGUAAUAUUGGCCAAUAGGAUACUUACAUCCAAAGAUACAAAUAUAUUGUAAAAGGGAUAUAUUUGGAGCUCUAAAUAUCUGUUUUCUUUAUGCUGUCUGUGCAGAAUGCUUUUAAACAGGGCCUUAGCUAUACCCCAAUGGCUGAUGCAGCACUGGAUGCCCUGGAAGAUUGGUCAGCCCAUAUUCCCAGAUAUAUAAUACAGCCUUACUACAAGGACAUCUUGCCUUGCCUUGAUGGCUAUUUGAAAAUUUCUACAUUGACAGGUACAUGCUAAAAAUGAAUACAGCAAAAUGGUAAGACUUUUUAAAGGUGUUAAGGUGUUAAACAUACCAGUGUUGGACUAACCAUAUUGUGGAGUGGUUUGAAUUUGGGAUUUUUUUUUAAUCAUUCAUUGUUAUAUACUGUAGUGCAGGGGUUCCCAAACUUGGCUCUCCAGCUGUUUUUGGACUACAGUUCCCAACAUCCCUGACCACUGGUCCUGCUAGCUAAGGAUGAUGGGAUUUGUAGUCCAACAACAGCUGGACAACCUGCUCUUUUGUCACCUUGCAGUUGAGAGAUUUUAGUUGAAGUUAUAAAUAGAAAACAAAUAAAUGGCAAGUAGUAAUAUACGUUAGGAAGCUGCAUUAUACCAGGUCAGACUGUUCCUUCAUCUAGCCCAAUAUUGCCUAUUCUGACAGACAGUGGUUCUCUGGUUCUCAGAAAUGUUUUAAAAUACACCUACUGUACUUUCAUAAAUACAAUAAGUGAGCAUUAAUAUAUUGUUUCUUGAAAAUUAGAUGAAUCUCAGAGUAAUUGGGAGGUGAAGAAACUUUCUCGGGCAGUUCAGAAGGGAUUGAACAAAGUAGUCAUCCAGCGUCUGAAGAAAGCAAAGAGUCUUGCAUUGGUAAAGUUCCCUGCUACCCUUUAAAAAUAAUUAAAUUUUCCAUCGGAAGAUCAAAGCAUACUUUUUCUUAUUUAGACAUACGUGUUUUUAUACAUUAUAUAAUUAUGCAUAGUCUUAUUACAAAGAUAAUUUUUUGUGUAUCGGAUAAAUACUCAAGUGGAUAUACUUACCCACAGUUACUUAAAAGAAACAAUAAUAAUAAUAAUAACAACAACAACAACAAUAACAAUAAUAAUAAAUUUUAUUUGUAUCCCGCCCUCCCCAGCCGAAGCCGGGCUCACACAUAGCUGACUUAUACUUAAUUUGUUUAUAUAGUCGGAUAAUCACAAUGUGAUAUUUGCUUGUGAAUGCAGAAUACAGUAUUUGAAUCACAGUUACGACGUGUCAUAUGUUUUAUGUAAUUAGCUUUGGAACAUGCAAGUCCACAAUUUGUUGUUUUCGAUACUGAAAGAGGUUCUUGCUGCAGAACUCUGCUCAACUGUCCACCUUGAUUUACAGAUUUUUAACCUGUAUGAUUUCCAAAAUACUUUAAGGUCAGUCCUGCAACUAUUUACCAGAUCCAAACAGUGUAAUCCAGUUUUCAGUGAAAUUUCAAUUUUAUAGUCAGCAGUCUGAAAAUUCUAGCAGUUAACGAAGAAAAAAUGAAUUGAUAUCAUGGUAUAAUAAUGGUUGGAAGAUAAAUGCAUUGUAUUAUCUAGAGCUGUACUGAUUUCAGCAGCGCUUUGCUGGUUAAAUUAAUUUGAAGGCUGGAUGCUAAUUUUGAGAGUCUGGGCUUCAAGAAAAGUGUGCUUACUAAGCAAUUCUGUGUGUGUCUACUCAGAAGUUCCAUCGAGUUCAAUGGAACAUACUCCAGGGUAAGUAUGCAUAGGAUUACGGUGUUCUUUCAGGAACAGAUAAAUAGUCCACACUGCUAAGAAUUAAAAUUCUGUGAGAUUUCAGUGUUUCCCAGCAAGAACUACCAUACAACAGCGUCUCUUUCCUUCUUCUUUUCUUUCUUUUGACAGCUUUGUUGUGAAAUAUUGGAGUCUUGUAGAAUUAAUAAUAAUAAUAAAUUUUAUUUAUACCCUGCCCUCCCCAGCCAGAGCUGGUCUCAGGGCAGCUAACACCAGUAAAAUUACAGUAAAAACAUAAUGGGGGGGGGCAAUUUAAAAUACAGGUUAAAAUGCAAAUUCUGAAUUAUUUUCUUUCUUUUUAAAAAAUGUACAAAAAAAUGCCUUUAAACAAAAACAACUUUUGAGGAAUUCCUUCUUGCAAUCAUAUUUUAUCUAGGAGGAGGAUCUGUCAUUGGAAGCAGUACGGGCUAGAGUUGUACGCCUUCUUGGAUUUCUGGGGGGACAGAUUAAUCGGAAUUUAGUUACUGGUGAGUGCUAAAUCUGUUUUGAAAUGCUAAAAGUAAAUGACAUUCUGAUUUGUCUGGUAGGCAAGUAUGCUUUUGAGACAUGUUGGCUUCUAUGCUUCAGGGUGCCCAUGAGAGAAAUGUGGGUAGUAAAGGUUUACAUCUUCUCUGUCCAGGGACUGAAUAACAAGGUGAUUCUUUCCUCCCUAUGAGUCCAUAUUGAAUGUCAAUAAAACCCCCUUGGAUUGGAUCAGGGCCGCCCCCCCAAGCUUUGUGUUCCUCUGUUUCUGUACUUUACUGUGUAGGUCCAUGGGCUUUCCAAGAAGUGAGUCUGUUCAAAGGUUUAUUUAAUUUAAUUUUUAAGUGCAGCAGCUUAAAAUUUUCUUUUCUUUUCUUUAAUAAAAAGUUUGCUUUGCUUUAACAGCCCCCCUCCCAGCUCUUCAGAAUUCUACAGGCAGUGUUAUGGACAGCUUCAGUUUAUAAAACUUAUUAGACGCCUUUGAGGUCCAUCAGAAGCUGCAGAGUUUUAAAUGUACAAGGAAGAGUACACAUCACUCAGCUACCUCUUCAUUGUUUUUAAAUAAGUCAGAGCAAGAGACAGACCCCCUGCUUCCCCCUCCUCUCUAUCAGUAUAUUAAGAACGAAAUCAAUGCACUUGACUUACCCCACCAAAAGCCCCUGAACCCAUUUGUCUGCAAUUUGGCAGACUUGAUCCUUUCUGGAGGGGCUCCUCUGCCUAUAAAUUUGAUUCACUUUGGCCAAAAGGGAAAUAGCUGUUUUUACAUUCUUACUAUAGUGAAUGGGGGAGCACAGAGCAGCUCAGAAUCUGAAUUACAGAGAGGAGGGUUACAGAGUGACUCAGGAACAACUCAGAUUAGAGUUUUUAAAAAUUCAAACAUAGCUACAAGGUGAAUCUUUGGGCUCAUGUACACUUGGUGGUUGGACCACAGCUUGACUACCUUUGUGUUCAUUAUGGGAAAGAUCCUAAACAUGUUGCAUGACUACCAUCAUGCUUUGGAUGGUAGUUCUGUAUGCAUCUACAUUGUAGAUUCUACAGGAUGACUUUGGAAAUUAUCCCCAUGGUGUUACAUUGAUGAAAGUGUGUGCUAGUAAAUGCUGUCUCAUGCCCUUUUGUCAAAGAUAAGCCCAUGAGCAGAAUGCUGGAUUCUUCGUGGGAUUAGUUCACAAGACUGUUUUUGGACAAGAUGCAUGGAUGAUGUGUUCCUGGAAAUGAUUUCAUGUGUGUCCAUCCAUAGAAGUAUUUUCAAAACCAUUAAUGCAUGCCAAAUAUGAAGUUGGAAUUGGGUCUGCAUGAGCCUCAAGAUUGUUAAAUUGGUUCAGAUUAAAUGUGAUUGGCUUGUGCAUUCUGUUGGACUUGCCGUGUUGCUUUGAUACUUGAAUCUGACCUAGGUCCUGAGACUUAAUCUUCUAAUUGUCUUUGGUUUUUCAUUUGAUGUUCAACAUUUAUGCUCAGAAAUUUGUCCAAAUUCUUUGCUUUUUCCCCUCUUCCAGAAUUUGUACUAUGACCAAGAUGUGUCUAAAACUUGUUUUUUGCAACAAAGAUCAUACUAAAUUAACAUGACCAUUGCAAAAUAAAAAUGGUUGGAAGUGUAUUUUAGCAUUUUUCCGCAAACCUUCAACCUGAAGUAUGGUCAUUGCUUUAGGAUAAACAACUUAGAGCAAUUUCAAAAAUGUUAUUAAGGUGAUCUAAAAAAGCCAAACAAACUUUGCUUCUGGCUGAACUGGAAAACCAUCCUUAAUCUUAUUGAAUGUCUAGUAUUCAGUCAACAACAUGGCAAAUGUGCACCUAAUAUAUUCUGCUUUGUAAGUAACAGAACCUUUGCUAUUAUUGAAGAAUGAUUCAAGAAUUUAAAUAGAUAUUGAAAUAUUUAGGAUACAGCUCUGCUUCAGAAUAGCAUCUGAUAAAACCUGACUGUUUUAAGCUUAGGUUGAAAUGUCUUGUUAUCUGCUUAAAACAACUGAGUUUUUUUCGGUGCUCUUUUCCAAAUAUACUAGCUGCUUCUACAGAGGAAAAUAUGAAGAAAUUUGUAUCUUGGGACACAGAGAAACGCCUGAGCUUUGCAGUUCCAUUUGCUGAUAUGAAGCCUGUUAUCUACUUGGAUUUAUUCUUGCCCCGUGUCACUGAAUUGGCUCUUUCUGCUAGUGACAGGCAGACAAAGGUAUUAGGAUUGCUGCUUAUGCAAUCAAACUGAUGUUUUUAAUGAGCUAUGGAGAAAACACUGAAUUGUGCUUAAUAUACCGUACCAUAAUACAGGGUUUCCCAAACUUUGGUCUCCAGCUGUUGUUGGGCUACAACUCCCAUCAUCCCUAACUAGCAGGACCAGUGGUCAGGGAUGAUGGGAAUUGUAGUCCAAAAACUGACGAUGACCCAAGUUUGUGAAACCUUGGCAUAACAUAAUGACCCUGCUAUUCUUUAUUUCUCUCUCUCUUGUUACGGUAUAUGCAUUGGAGGAAAGGUGGGAUAGAAAUGUAACAAAUAAAGAUAAUAUUUAAGUUAUCAAUUUCUGCAAAGUGUAAGACAGCUCUUGUUAAAAUAAGAAAGGGGUUUUAGCUUCUUAGUGUUUAGCAUUAGCUCAGAGUCUUUGAUCAGCCCUCAAUUUUAAUAACUACAGCUUAAUUGAGAAUCCAACCCAAUCUUGGAUUAGUAAAGUACAUUUUCCAAGCAAUGGGGCAUGACUGGAAAUUCCACUGGCUUCUUUUUAACAAAGGCCUGGAAAUUAUCCCUGGAAGUCUCCUUGUUCUGUGUUUAUUUUUUUGUGGAAGUAUUUAACUGAGAUGACUGAUUAGAUCUCCUUUUCCAGGUUGCAGCUUGUGAGCUCUUACACAGCAUAGUUGUGUGUAUGCUGGGGAAAGCUGCUCAAAUACCCGAAGGACAACAGGCUUCUCCACCAAUGUUUCACCUGUAUAAACAUACAUUUCCUGUAUUGCUUCGACUUGCCUGUGAUGUGGACCAGGCAAGUUAAAGAACUUUUGUUGCUUGAAAUCAAUUUUAGAUGGUUAGCUCUUUAUUUCUGUUUAAAUAUUUGGUAGAAGCUGUUGGGGUUAUUUUGGAUUUCAGUAUAUUUUUCAGCCACCUCCCCCAUAAACCAGUUUUUGUGUGUGUUUUAUAUCUUGUGAACCAUGGAAACUGGGGAGAAGGGGGAAAUGUAUUUAAAAUUUAGAGGAUACUCGCAGUAUAGAUAGAGCCAGUGUGCCAUAAUAGAGAUCCAAUGUGGUGUAAUUGUUAGAGUGUCAUACUAGGAUACAAGAGACUGAGAGAUCAACUCUCAAAAUAAAGAUAUUUUGAAUAGUCUAGGCAAUACAUGGUUUAAUCUCAAAGGAGUUGCCCCAAAAACACUCAUACUCCCAAAUGCUCAGGUGUUCUGUAUAACACACAAAGGCCUCUUAGCCUUCAGGAAAUUCCUGUACUUUUUGGAGUAUCUCUCUUAUUUUUUGGCUUGCUUCUUUAUAAAACUCAGUCCCUUGAAAUGAUUAAGAUAGAUGGAUGAAUCAAGAACCAUAUGAAAACAUUCACAAAUCUGCAUGGAAUUCAAGAUGCCUUAUGGCUAAAAGAAGUUGCAAUUUUGUUUAAAAAUAACACUUUUUUUCUUCUUCAAAUACCUGUGGAGUGAAACACAUUUUCCUACAGUUAUCAUAAAGGCAUUUUUUGAAGUUUUAUGUAGCGGUAGAAUACAAAUUGUAAACUUAUGAAACUGAAAAGGAAAAGCUGUGUUCUGAUUUAUAUCAACAAACCUUUAUCCAAAACGGCAAUAAUGGAAAUACACAGAGGUCCAGUUUACAUGUGACACUUAAGACAAAGAACAGCUAAGCAUGAGUUUGCAAGUCCUUGUGGCAAAAAUUGUGGCCACUUCACUCCUCCCUGGUCCUGCUACUGUAAUGCCUGUAAUGCUUCCUGAAGCUGAACUGGGGUUUGGGGUUCAUACACAUUGUGUAUGAACCUGGGCUUUUGAUUCCUCCAACCAAACCACAAACACCUUGACUAUAGCUCAUGGUUUGUCUGGAUUGCUUUAGAUAAAAAACAACAACAAAAAAAAACAUUUCAGUUAUGUCAAGACUGUUCAGUCUUUUAUUCAGGUUGCUAAACAUGAACUUCUGGGAAAAGCCCCAAGGUGUGCUGGGAAUUAGUUGAUGAGAAAUCAUCUACAGCUGUGGUUUUCAACCAGUGUGCUAUGGCAGCCUGGGGUGCCUUGAAUGAUGGUCAAGGGUGCCGCAGGCAACACUGGCCUCUGUCCCUCUUUCCUUCCCUCCCUCCCUCCUCUGAUGCCCUCUUGUGUCUCUGCCUCCCAAAGGCUUUCACAGCUGUUUAUUGUGGCAGCCCUUGCUACAGGCACCAGAAGCUAAUGGUGCCUCUGGGAGGCACCUCUCUUUGGGGCAGGGCGGUGGGGGGUCGCUCAAAGACCAGGGAUGGAAGCAGCUGCCCAAAGGACUCCCAAGAAGAGGAGGUUGAGGGAAGACUCCACAAGGGAGGGUGUUUGAAAAGGGUCAGAGGCUGCCAGCUCUGCAUGCAAGGGGUGACAUAACUGGGCUCCUGAGCCCCACAGAGGUGCCACAGAAAGAAUAUAGUUGGUCAAGGGAGCUGUGGACUCAUAAAGGUUGAAAACCUCUGAUCUACAGUGUGCCUGUCAAACAUAAAACACAAUGUUUUCCCCCACCUUUUAGGUUACAAGACAACUCUACGGGACACUAGUUAUGGAGUUAAUUCACUGGUUCACAAACAACAAAAAGUUUGAAAGUCAAGAUACUGUGGCAUUACUGGAAGCAAUUUUGGUAGGUAAUCAGUAUAUGCAAGAUGAAUAAUCAAUAUUUUUCAUCAAAGAUGUUUAUAAACACUUCAUGCUCUAAUUCUCAGGCUUUUUUGGUGAGAAGAUUUUAUUUGUCUUGGCAUAUACCAUUGAUUCACUUUCAGUUCAGUGAUGUGGGCAAUCUUGUUCUUUGAUUUGUUUUUUGAUUUGUUUUUUACUGUCUCGAAGCAUGCAGGAUUCCAGCUAAGUUUUAUUUUUAAAAAAAUCUGUAUUACGCUAAUCACAAAAUAAUCCUUUAAAAAAAACAACCAGAAACCUGUUUUCAGUCUGUUUGCAAGCAGAAUGUGAAAGAAAUUUUGGACAAUUAUUAGACCCAUAAGACACUCUCAAAGUAGACCUUGAGAUAUUUUCCUGUAUAAAUUUAGGGUGAAAAGUAUGAGAAUCUCUCUACUUUUUUCCUUAUUAUAAUGGUAUGGGGUUGCUCGUGCGUAAGUUGCCACCUCUCCUGGCUAUGUUGCCUUGUUAAACCUUUCUGUCUGGACAGCCCUUCAAUUCGUGGCUGCCUCAGUCGCUAGCAGAAUCCGUCAGUGGGCGUUUCUUAAACCUUUUCCAACAUAAAAGUUGUUUGACACCCAGUCUCUUCCUAUUUUCUCUGCGCGGAAGUCUUCUGCGCAGGGAGGGCGUGGGUAGCGGAGGACCAGUGCUCUCCCCGCUGGUGUCUGGUGAAGAGUCUGGGAGCCCUCUCUCCGAUUCCCCCAUCUGCCCCUCCUUAUUCCUGGUGUUGCACUGAAUUGCUUCCCCAUCUGCUGAGCUGCCUCUCUCCCUGCUGGGCCCUUCUCCAGCAUCAUUAGAGAGCCUCCCCUCCACCUCUAGCUCCGAUGUCAGUUCCCUGACACUUAUCAACUAAUUCUUCAUUACUCAUCGAAUGAAGUGUGCAGUACAGGGGUUGAGGAAAUAAACUCUUAUCACAGAAUUCCUUUAUGGUGAACCAAGCCCAUUCUCUGUUUCAGGAAGGGAUAGUAGACCCUGUGGACAGUGCUCUGAGAGACUUCUGUGGUCAGUGUGUCCGAGAAUUUUUGAAAUGGUCUAUUAAGCAGAGUACGCCGCAGCAGCAGGAGAGAAGUCCAGUAAAUACCAAGUCGCUCUUCAAGAGACUAUACAGUCUUGCUCUCCAUCCCAAUGCUUUCAAGCGGUUGGGAAGUUCUCUUGCUUUUAACAACAUCUACAGAGAAUUUAGGUAAGCAACAGAGUUUGUAUUUUUGCUAUGCUGCAUGAAAAUAAUAAAGGGAAUGUCCAUACUUUGAGGAGAGAGAGAAUGCAGUGUUUACUAAAGCUUCCACAGAGAUCAAAACAGUAUUUUUAUACUCUGGCUGAAAAAUGGUGUGAUAUUUCUGGCAACAGAAAAGGAUGCUUUCUUGUCUAAUGCUGAAAAUAUUAGUUUGCUUAUCUAAUUUUUUCAUGUUUCAUAGGGAAGAAAGUGCUUUGGUGGACCAGUUCGUUUUUGAAGCAUUGGUUGUGUACCUGGAAAGUCUGGCCUUAACACAUGGAGAUGAGAAAUCUUUAGGUAUAUGUUGAAAGCUUGUUUCAAAGUUUGUUUGAUAGGCUUCGUACUUGGUGCUUCAAAUCUUGAAGAAAUGCAGACCUAUAUAUUUGGAGUUUUUAGUUAAAAUGUUUAAGUUUUGGAAACUGCUAAAAUGUCUGCCUUGUAAUAAAAAUAAAGAAACAUGCUUGGAAGGGCAAAUUUGAAAUGAUAUCCCUUUAAAAUGCUUCUCAUGUUCCACGUUUUAUGUUAAUUUACUUUUUCAUUAUUAUGCACUUUUUAAAAAGUGUAAAUUUGUGAAGUAAAGUGUAUUUUUAGCAUUGUCUACAGGGCCAGAAACAGACAUGGCCUUUUAGAAAUUUUAUUUUGGGCCAGUUACCAUAUCAUAUUUUCAAAAAAUUUAAAACAGGCACAACUCAACAAUGUUGUGAUGCUAUUGAUCACCUGAAGCGUAUAAUUAAGCAUAAAGCAUCAAGCCUCAACAAAGAAAAUCAACGGCGGAUACCUAGGUUAGUAAUCUCUUUGGAGUUCUGAGAGGUAUGUUUGUUGUGGGAAACAACACAACACAUAUAAUGUAGAUUUGAAAUACUUCUUUUUCUUUCAAAUUUAUAAGCAGAGCAAUGUUUUAAGUAACUGACUGCCUAAACGGCCUCGGUCCAGUAUACCUGAAGGAGCAUCUCCACCCCCAUUAUUCUGCCCAACCACUGAUGCCCAGCGCCGAGGGCCUUCUGGCGGUUCCCUUGCUUCGAGAAGCCAAGUUACAGGGAACCAGGCAGAGGGCCUUCUUGGUAGUGGCACCUGCCCUGUGGAACGCCCUCCCACCAGAUGUCAAAGGAAAAAACAACUAACAGACUUUUAGAAGGCAUCUGAAGGCAGCUCUGUUUAGGGAAGCUUUUAAUGUUUAACAGACCACUGUAUUUUAAUAUUUUGUUGGAAGCCACCCAGAGUGGCUGGGGAAACCCAGCCAGAUGGGCUGGGUAUAAAUAAUAAAUUAUUAUUAUUUGGCCAAUAACUUCAGACUUCUUUUUUGUAACCACCUUAUAUAGGGGAUUUCCACAGACAUCCAUAUGCUUGGAGGAUGUUGUCAUGUGGCUUUUGAUGCAGUGUGGACGACCCCAAACAGAAUGCCGGCAUAAAGUUAUGGAGCUUUUCUUCGAAUUAGUUCCCUUGCUGCCAGGUUUGUAUGCUGCCGCAUAUGUGAGCAAUAUACUGCUGGUGUAAAUAUGGUGGCUGUGAGACAGUGAGUGACUUCUUGCUUUUGUGGUCUUUUGACUGUGUGCAUAGUAUCUUCACUUGUCCCUUUGUGAGAACAACCAAACGAACCAGGAAGUCUUCCAUUAACUAUUGUUGCCUGUUUUUUCCGAACUUGGAAUCUAUGGUCAACUCCUUUGGAAAAGCCGUGGUUUGAAGUUGGCUUUAUAUCCUGACUUGUUUCAGAGUUGUUAGCCAUAGUUUCCUAGUUUGGACAAAAAGCAAAACAAAACUAUGCUUGAUGGAACCCUUCUUGGUUGGCUUGCUUGCCUGCUUGUUUGCAUGCAGGAAGGAACAAAGGGGCUGCAUGUGCAGUCAUAAAUCAUAGACCACAGAAUUGUAGAGUUGUAAGGGACUUGGCUUAUAGCUUGGCUUAUUAAACUGAAAUAAAAACAUCUGAAUGCAGUCUGUGUGGUGAAUCAAGGAUUCUUCAGUUGAGCUGUAACCUUUGCCUUGAGCUCAUCAAAUGGUUUUAGGCAAGUCAGUGUUCUUUUUAGCUUGAGUCCCCCAUAUGAAUCCACAUGAAGUCUUCAUUCACUGGUGAAAAGUUGGAUCUGAAAUAAGGUAUGUGGGUACCUUGUUAACAUUAUGGGAUUUAAAUAGCUCAGGAUUGUAGCCUAAGAAUUUGCUAAGGUCUUUUUUCUUUCUUUUGCUAGAUAAAAGUACUGUGAAAUUAUCUUUCAAUUUUCUUCAGAGUUGUGAUACAUAAAUGAUACAGAAUAUCAGGAAUAUCUAAAACAUGGCUAAAAUAAGAUCUAUAACACUAUACCUUAAAAUGUAGGAGUGAGUUUAAAGGUGAAUAACAUAACCAAAUUAAAAAUUGUAAUGUAUGAGAACAUCAGCUGGACAGGAUGGUUUUAAUGGGAAAAUUUUCUUUCAUGCUUUUGCGGCCAGAAAAGAGAGAUUUAGCCACAGUUUCCAUUAAGAAUUUGUUCAAAUCUGCCAAGUCAUAGGCUAUAUACCAUUCAAAGGUCCUACUUCUGUUUCUUCAUCAGAUAACAAGUCCCCAUCUUCUUGGUUGGGUGAUGUCCUUCAGAAACAAGGAAUCUCUUUCCUCAUUAAAAAAAUUGAAGGAGGUGGUUGUGAGGGUGAAAAUAUAUCCGGAAUACUGGCCCACCCAACUCUUCAUGAUUUGCAAGAGACCUUUAGUUUGCGCGCUGUUGUGCAAUGGAUGGAUAUGCUUCUGGCUUCUUUGGACUGUUACAAUACUUUUAUCGAGCAGGGAAUGAUCAAACCAAAUGAGAUGCUGGGUAAGUAAACUACAGAAGCAGCUUUUUUGAUUAGUUGUCUUUCAUAAUCCAUUAGAGCAAAGUGCAUAAUAGUGGGAUACCCACUGUUCCACACAUUGUGCAGGCAUGUCUUCAUGUUCAGAUGUUCCCUUGUUUUAUCCCAGCGCCCCGUUUCUCCUUUACAAUGUUUGUCUUACUCUCCCACAGAAAGUUCGAAGUACUCUUCUAUAGCAGCCUUUGUCAUCUGGAGUUGUCUUACCUCCACAAGCUCUUACGGUCAUCUUUGCUGUUAACCACUGUAGGCCACAUUACUUGAAAUAACAUUCAGCUGAUUUUUUUUAUUACUCUUUUGCUAUUUUAGUAUUAUCAAAAUAUGUAUCUAAAAUAUAAUGUUAGUGGUGCGAUAGAAGGGAAGGGAAAUUGAGUGAAGCAUAGUUCUAGACCAUUGGGGGCAAAAAGUAUGUUGGUUUUGCUAUUUAUUCCCUUCACAUAAUUCUUAUGUCUAACAAAACAAGGUUGUAUUUUAUAUUCUGAGGAAACUAUUUCUAUGCUAGUGCAUUUUUCCCCUCCAAGCUUCAAAUAUAGGGUCUUCAUUCCUGACAUCGUUGGGCUUCUUCCUGGAAAAAAUGGCCUUGCAUGAUGUGUCUGGUGCAGAACAGUGUUUUAGCACUGGGUCCAAAGGCAACAUGUUCAGUCCACAAGAAAGAGAAGAGUACAAUUACAGCAAAUGUACCAUUGUAGUUCGAAUUAUGAUUUUUGUAAGCAUGGUUUUGGAGACCCACCAGCAGGAAUUCUGGAAGGUAAGCUUGUGUUUGUUGCCCAAGGUCUAAACAAAAGUGCUGUUAGUUACCUGUGCUCAAUAAUAUGUGUUUUUUGAACAGUCCCUGCUCCUCAUGCAUCAUCUACUAUAUAGUUUGGAAUGUGAUUUGUCUGUCUGUUUGUCUUUUCGUUUGUUCUUUAUAUGUUGAGAUGCCUCUUGAGAUUUCAAACUUGGCAUGAGGGUUUCCCAAGUGGGGGCAGUGCCUCUCCAUUGGUGUUUGGAUGUUUGCCAUUGUUUGGAAUCAAGAUUGUGUGCUAAAACAUGGCUUUGGUGCAACUUCAAUCUUUUUUGUCUAGGUUUGGCAACCUCUUGAAAUACCAUCGCCAAACUCAGCAUGAUGGUUUCUGAGGGUGGGGGUAGUCUUUUGCAAUGUUGGGAUGCCAGGAGCUAUUUUGAUUCAAGAUGGUGGACUGAAACUUGAUUUUGGCAUUUUGUUGUUAUUGGCAUCUCCCUGUCCUGAGAGACAAUGGAGUGUGCCUCUGAGGGUGAAGCCAAACCACUGUGUUAGCAGCACCGAAGUGACCUCCCCAGGGCUUAAGCACUGCCAACUUGGCACAAGUGUUCCAGAAGUUGGGGAAGCAGUCUUUUUUGAGGUUUGGAUUCCGGGCACCAUUUUGAAUCAAGAUGGCAGACCAAAAUGUGACUUUGUCAUGACUUUACCUGAUUUUUGGUGUGAUGGGUGAAAACUCACAAAUUAUACCGUCCGUUUAAAAAUCACAAUAUUUUUGGGUUUCUAAAAAUUCCCCGGCAGCACUGGAUGCUUCCCUUAAGUGGCAAAUUAUUUGCUAAAUGGAACAAAGCUGUUUGUUACACCGAGGAGUUCAAAAUAAGAAAAUCCAGUAUAAGCCAUUUGCUGCAAUAAGCCAUUUGCUGCAACCUAAAAAAACUCUUUGGAUCCCAGAUUGCCUUUGCACAUUGUAAAACAUGUCCUCUGACCCUACUGAUGAAUGAGCUGCGGAUCCUGUUACAUGGGGUUAAUUACCAGGCAAGGUAAGUGGAUUACAUUAAGACAGCAAAACCAAGAAGUAAGGUGUGAGGAUCAAAGGGACUGUUUUGCUUCUGUUGAGAGGUGCAGGCAGAUAAAAUCUUGAAUGAUGAAACCUUGAAUGUAAGUGACAAUGGUUGGAUUAUGAAAUUAAAACUUCUUGUCUCAUUUUUAUCUUGUAAUUCCUAGCUGCUUGAGAGACAGUUGCUUAAUGAGAAUCUGAUAGAGCUCGUUGUGAGGACCGUCUGUGACCCCAGAAGCAUAGGGUUUAAUAUAGCUGAUGUACAAGUUAUGGAAAAGCUUCCGGAUGUUUGCGUCAGGCUUAUAAAAGCUUUGAUGAGAUCUCCUUAUAGAGAACCUUUGGAGAUCAGCAUAAAGAAAAUAAUAACAUCAAAAAGGUAGGAUGUCUCUGAACAUAAGGAUCUAAUAAAUGCAUAAAACAAAACAAAUGACUUAUUGCUCGAGCCACAUGCUUAGUAUCAAUUCUCUUUUGUUUUGCCAGCAUUGAGGAACUUUGCAGUGUUGAGCUAUACAAUCCAGAUGCACGGUUGGAUCACGUUAGGAUUGGUUCCAUCCUGUCUGCAUGCAAACAGCUUCAUAACGCCGGCCUUCUUCAUUGUACCUUGCAGCAUGAGGUAAAAACACAGCUUGUCAUUUGUAUUGGCAUCAGCACUUUGUAAAGCAAAAAAUAUUUAUUUAUUAGAAGUAGUAUAACGUAAGUUCACUAGAGUAGUUUUGCAGUAACUACACUGCCAACCUAUUAUAGCAUAACAAAAAUUCAAUAUAAGGUGCUGUACGUUAUGCAGUUACCAGUAACCAUGCUUCUUGACUGGAGGAUAAACGGAGUGCAUUUCCUUUGCAAAAAUGGAGCAGAUGCUUCCUCUCUUCUGCCUCCUUAAGAAGAUUGCUAUCACAUGUUUGAAUUUGUGCACUGUUGGGUGAAUCUAAUUUUGUUCACAUUGAGGUUCUCGUAAUGACAGCUGCUCAUGAGAUAUUGCUGUUCUGGUGGCAUUAAAACCAUGGUGUUCCGAUUCUUGGUUAUUUGGGGGGGCAAGGUAUGCUUGCAGGAGGAAGGCAUUUCCUUCAUUCCUGAUGAUUGCUUAACUCCAGAAGAAUCUCUUAAGAAGAGUUUGCAAGUGGCAAGAGAAGAAAAGGCACAUCGUAACUUCAGCUUAAAAACUUUUAUUGUCGUCCCCCCCAAUGAUUCUGAACUUUUUUUUUCUACUGCAUUUUUUUUUCUUUUCCUCCUCCCUAAGGUUUCAGCUCUGCAUUGCGAGACUGGCUCUAAACUCAUGUUAGUUGUAUACAAAGGUAUUGCACCAGGAGACGAAAGGCAGUCCCUACCCUUGUUGGACAUCAACAGUAAACGAUUAGCUGAGAGUCUGCUGCAUCUGGCUUUUGCUUUCGGUGUACAGGUAGGAGCCAGGCCUUGUUGAUGCCAUGCAUGUAUUUUCUGAUGUUCAUGUCCCUGAUAUUUCAGAUUAUCCGAUUUUCUGAUAGCUGCUACCUGUGACUUUGGUUAGCCACCCAAGUUGUUAUCAGUACAGUGGUGCCCCGCAAGACGAAUGCCUCGCAAGACGAAAAACUCGCUAGACGAAAGGGUUUUGCGUUUUUUGAGUCGUUCCGCAAGACGAAUUUCCCUAUGGGCUUGCUUCGCAAGACGAAACGUCUUGCGAGUUCUUGCGAGUUUGUUUCCUUUUUCUUAAAGCCGCUAAGCCGUUAAUAGCCGCUAAGCCGUUAAUAGCCGCUAAGCCGCUAAUAGCCGUGCUUCACAAGAUGAAAAAACCGCAAGACGAAGAGACUCACGAAACGGAUUAAUUUCGUCUUGCGAGGCACCAUUGUGUUACAGAGGAGAAAAAUUCAAAUGGCUUCUUCUGUCAUGAAUAAGUUUAAUCAUGUCCUUCAUUCAUAUCUUUCUACGUAGGUGUGUGUGUAGAUAUAGAUUUCACUUAAACUCUGUGAUGAGCACAUUCUGUCUCUCUAAGUGGAGGAGAACGCUCUUGGACCCUGGCUUUCGCACAAGGGAACCAGGAUCCUGUACAGUGGUAGCUUGGGUUAAGAACUUAAUUCGUUCUGGAGGUCCAUUCUUAACCUGAAACUGUUCUUAACCUGAGGUAACACUUUAGCUAAUGGAGCCUUCUGCUGCCGCCGCCACACAAUUUCUGUUCUCAUCCUGAAGUAAAGUUCUUAACCCGAGGUACUAUUUCUGGGUUAGUGGAGCCUGUAACCUGAAGCUUCUGUAACCCAAGGUACCACUGUACAUUCAAAAUCUCUCCCCUCUCACCCUUUCCACUGAGGGAACAUUGAUGUUGGAACAUCUACACCUGAACAGCAAUGCUCAGGAGACCUUUCCUUCCUUCCUUCCUUCCUUCCUCCCUCCCUCCCUCCCUCCCUCCCUCCACCAUAGUGUUCAUUUAAGAAAGAGAAACAAAUCAAAAUACCAACAGUAGCAAAAGAGAAAGGAGGACCUAGAUCACGGUCCUCCAGAGUGAUUGGCUGGUAGCUGCAACCCAGAAUCACCUUAUACUAGCAGAUACUGAUGCUACUCUGGCACAACUCUUGAGCAGAACAUUCCAAGCAGGUUGAUUCUUCUACGUGGGUCCUGCUGUUUCAUAUGCAUCAUAUGCUGAACGUACAGCUCUUGACCCUAGCCUUUGACACCUCAGAUACAGUCAGAAGCAUAGGCUGGGUCCAAAGAUGUAUUUUUUUAAUAUUGCAUUUUAAAUUGAUGACACCCACCCUUGGGCCUUAUGACAAAGGGUAGGUAAUAGAUUGAAUGGUGGUUUUUAAUAACAAUAAUCCCAAUUUAUUUUACUAAUUGAUCUGUUUAAUUAAUUUAUUACAUAAAUUUAUUGACAGUUAAUCCCAAUAAUUAAUCUCUCUGAGAUAGACAAAAAGCAGGAUGCUAUUGCUCAGCAUAAAUAUUCAUUUUUCUCAAUGGAUGGAGGAUAUCCUGAUUCACCCAAGGUUAUUUUUUUAAGGUUGUUAAUUCCUAGACCCACAGUUACCUCAGGACCCAAGAAGGCACCGUAGUUGAAGAGAGCUCAUCAUAUUAAUUCCUCUUUUUCUCUUCUCUGGUUUGGUGUCCAGGAUGCUCAUUGUUUACUAGAUUUUUGUUCUAAUGUUGGAGUUUUUUUGAAUAGCUCCUCAAACUGGGUGGGACUCCUCCACCCAAACAGGAUUCUUAGCCCUUCCUCCGUUUGUGUGGAACUGAGGAUGCUCCAGAGUUGUAAAGAUGGGGAAAGGUAUACAUUUUUUGACUGAAAGGUUUGCUAAUGAUGUUAAGAUACACAAAUUUAACGCUUUUAUAUUCAUUUCUCUAUAGUGCAUAGAGCUGGUGAGUCUCCUGCUGAACACAUUAAUGUUAUCUGUGCCAUUAUCUGGAACAUCUCAAAGAAACCUUAUCAGUUUUUCUCAUGGAGAGUAUUUCUACAGCUUGUUUGGGGAAACCAUUAAUGAAGAGUUGCUGGAAAAUAUGGAUAUAGCAGUCCUUCAGCUUAUGAAAUCAGCUCAAGACAGCCCCAAAAUGGUAAUGUACUUCUACUUUUAGCUGGCAAACUUAAUAUCUCUCACGUUUUACUCCUGAGCAACUGAAAUAAAAGAGAGAGAGAGCAGUAACCCUACCUUCUUGUUGCAGCAAGGAAUAUUAUGUUUCCAGUUUUAAUGCAGUAAGCAUAAUCCCUGUGAAUGUUUGUAUACGGCUGCCCCAGCACUUCCAAAGUCUGUGCCUAGCGACAAAAUGGGAAAGAUAUAAUUUUUCUCUCUCCUACUGUACUACAAACAGUGAUUGUAAGGAUUUUCCCCUGGUACUGACAUCUUGAGACCAUUUAACUUAUACAUUCUUAUUUCAGGUUUUGUGCAGAGCCUGAAAUAAUGAAUUACACUUUGCUGUGUUGCAAAUUUAAUGCAGCUUAAAUGUCUGAGAAAAAUUUAAUGCAUCGUAAGCACUGGUAAUCUAUGUGGAAUUUUGACAUUGCAUUUUCAUUUUCUCAGAUGCUUAAUUUCAGCCAUUCUUUGUGGAAGGCCAUCUUUGGCAGAAAUGGCCACAGAAAAGCUUAGGACUACUGUAAUGAUUCAUUUGGCUGCUAAUCUUGAAAACAUUAUGCUUUAGUCUGGGUGUUGAAUUACAUCAAUAUUUCAUGGUACCCGUACUCUGCUUUCAGGUUGGUACUGUUUUGAAUGGUAUGUUGGACCAGAGCUUUAGAGACCGUGCUGUUCGCAAGCAACAAGGAGUGAAACUGGUGGUGGCUAUCUUGAAAAACUGGAGACAGCUUGACCACUGGUGGACCAAAGAUUCUGCUCCUGAAAGCAAAAUGGCUGUCCUAACCCUGCUAGCUAAAGUUCUGCAGGUAAAGCUACAACUGUAAUAGCUGAGUUCAGGGCAUGUGAGGGAGCCAAGGCCCACUCUGGUUAGUUUUACAGAGUCGGUGAUAUCACAACAUAUCCCAGGUGUGAAACAUUUAAGAAAAAUCUAGAUGAUAUUCUUCUAAUUUUGAAAUGUUUAUUCUUGAGGUUUAACAUUUUUUAUUGGAACUGUAUUUUGGAAAGUGUGCAAAAUAUGAGCAUGGAAAUAUUUGGGGGGUUUUGUUCAGAGAGCUGUCUCCAGUACAGAAAUGAUCCCAAGGUCUGGUUAUGUGGUGCUGCUAGCACCCAGAUCCAGUCCUUAUGUUCUGUAUAUAUCUGCAGCCUCUUUCUCUGCUGUGCAGCGCAGCAGUGAAAAGCCUAUGCAUAUCCUAAUUCAGUGGCCUAGGACAGUUGAAACAUGCAACUCAACCCUGGCUGUCGCUUAGGGAAACACUGCAGGCAUCCUGGGUAUUUGGAGGAAACUGAAGAUGUGCAAUAAGGCCAGCAGCACUGGGUUGUUCCGCACCCUGCAGUUGUUUUCAGGGUGCUGAAUUAAGAUGACCAGAGCAUUCUGGUCUAUCUACACCUCUUUCAGCAUUCCUAUUACACCCUAGUAAUUAUUACAGCACCCCUCCCUAUAUUAUUCUGUUUUUACUGUGUAUACGCCUUUGAUGAUUUUAUGCUGUGAAGUGGUCUAUACAUGUUUUAACAACAACAGCUGUAUUCCUUACCUGGAUGUUGCACAGCUAAUCAGAUGCAUUUCCUGGACUCUGUGCAAUAAUGGUUGGAUCAGGUCCUGGGCUAACUUGAAAACAUGUCUGGUAACAUUAGUCUUUCUGAAUGAUUGGACCUUGUUUUUCUCUGAGGGUGUGUGUUCUGAUGUAGGGAAGGGUUUCUUCUGAUUGCUCCUCUUCUUAAUUUGCAUCAUUAUCAUUUUCUUUGUUUCUUUGUUGCUGGAUGCUAUCCACCUAGAGAAUCUUAUUCCACAAAAGGUUUAGGAUAUAAUAAAUAAAUAAAUAUUCAAUCCGAACUUCCUUGCAUGUGGUGUCCGUUGAAACAUACUUUAACAACUUUUUUGACUGAUGUAGUUGUAUACAUGAAUUAAUUCUAAGUGAAAAUUUGGGGUUAAAUUUAUUUCCUUUCUCCAGAUUGACUCUUCUGUGUCAUUCAAUACACACCAUGAGGCAUUUUCUAUGGUUUUUAAUACAUAUACAAGUCUACUUACUGACCAGAUGUUAGGUCUAAAUCUCAAGGUAAGUUAAUUUUUUUUUACUAUUUGCAGAGUUAGCAGAGAACUUUGUCCACACACACAAUCAUUCAUUCAUUCAUUCUUAAAGAAACUUGCAAAGUACCCUCAGAGAGGUCUGCAAAAGCCUCAACGAAUGUUGCUUCUCACCACAUGAACAGUUUUGUUUUCAAGCCGUUGUUUCCACACACUCUGUAGCCAGGAUGGGCAGUGGGCACAGAGCAAUGCAACAAACUUUGGAGUAAGCCCAGGAUACCAUGUUUGGAUCGAACAACAACACGACAGUUGAUGUAAACCAGUUUUCACAGCUGAAUUUGAACCAUGGUUCUGGAUUGUGGUUUGUCGGCCCCAAACAAGCCAUAGUUAGUGAGCCUGAACAGGUUUGCAUAUACAAUCAACCCAGAGCUAAGCUAAACAGACAUGGAUUACAAUUGCAUCUUAACUAGACUAGGGGGAUGCCUUGCUUCAUCCUGCAGAUGACCCAUUUCCAUACCACACCCAUUCCCCCUGUCCUCCCUACACAGCUUUAACUGUAUUUACUGCUUGCAAUUACCCAAGAUUCAAAAUUAGAGCAUUACAGUAAUUUCAUCUCACUUGUUAACAGUGAAAUAUGGUUAGUGUUGGCUGUGAUAGAAUUCAGCAUGCCUAACUUGUACUUGGCAGAUAUCCGCUCCUUCCUCAAAAUUUUAUUGGAAGAAUAAAGAUUUUUAGAUAUGCCUGAACAUAUAAUACAAUUGAUUCUAAGUUGCAUAUGUAUUUCAGAGUCAAGCUGUUAUUAUUCUUCCAUUCUUUACUAAUCUCGUUGGAGAAAGGCUUGAUGACCUUAAGAAUGCACUUGACCAGCUUGUAGUCUUUAAUUUCCCUUUGAGAUCGGAUGAGUUUCCUAAAGGAACCUUGAGAUACAAUAACUAUGUGGAUUGCACGAAAAAAGUAAGUGAAAAGAUCUGUGAUUUACUCAUAGGCAUUUUAGAAUGGCUUUUACCUGUUCUGAGCCCUAAGUAAUACACUUUUAAAAAUGAAAAACAAACAAAAAUUAUCGUAUCAAACGAAGUUGUUCCAUUUUCACAAGAAAUUCUGCUUGUGCAAUGAUUCAAAGUCCUUGUGCUAAUGGGAAGAUUUGGUUGGAUCCAAUCCUGUGAAACAAGUUGCAAGCAGAAAUGCUGCAUCUGUGUAGGCUAAAGUAAAAAUGAUUUCUAUUAUAUGUUUUUUAUAGAAUAUAUAUUAUAUUUUGUUUUCACUUUCAUAUGUAUCUUUAGUUCUAAUCAGAUUUUGCAUAUACUCUGUUUAUCUCUUCUCCUCCCACUCUCCGCCCCCUGCCAAACUCUAGUUCCUAGAUGCACUUGAAUUAUCCCAGAGUCCCAUGUUGUUGCAGCUGAUGACAGAAAUUCUUUGCAGGGACCAGAGACAUAUAAUGGAAGAAUUAUUUGAACUCAGCUUCAAAAGAAUUGCCAGAAGGUAGUGCUUUAAAGUGGUAGUGUAUCUCCCAGUUUUUACAAAUCACACAGUUUAAAAGACAAGAGUUGGUAACUAGUUGAACUCAAGCAUUGAAGCGAAGGAUUAUUGAGAAUGCAGGGAAAUUUGUUUAAUUUCAGAUUCCUUUAGUUGCAGCCAUUUAAGCUUUUCUUGGUUGUCUAUAUUUCCUGUAGGCUGCUUUGUGUGAUUGGUGUACAAAAAUAUUUUACUUACAUGGCAUAUAUGCCCAAAGUUUUUAUUUGAAAAUAUCCCUGCAGAGCCUGUUUUUUUUAAUUUAUUGUCAUAGUUAAAUCGCUUCUUAAGAUGCUUCUAGAAGAGAUUUGGGAUUGGAUUUGAGUUUUAACUAGGAAUGUGAUUGAACAUCAUUCUAAAUUUUUCACUAUGUUUAGGGGCAGCUGGGACAAACAAGUAACGUUGCUGGACACCAUUCACAAAAUGUUCCAGAAUGAAGCCCUUCUCUCAAAUGCAACUCGUCAAGCCUAUGUGGAUCGCUCUCUUCUCAUCCUGUUGCUUCACUGCAGCUUGGAUGCCCUGAAAGUUUUUUUAAGUAAGAUUAUUGUGGAGGCUAUGGAGACUCUGAAAUCUAGAUUUACCAAGGUAAAGUUUAAUCUGUGCCUUCUGAAACUGACAUUUCAAAUAACUGAAUAAUGGUACACUUAUCUUUGAAGCUGCUUAAGCAUUCUUGCUGAGUCAUCACCUAGAAUCUUUUUCUACUUUUUUAUAUUUUUUCCAGUCAAAUGAAACUGCUUUUGAAACACAACUCAGCAAGAAAAUGAGCUAUUACAAAAUUCUGAAAGUGAUGUAUUCACGUCUUUCUAAAGAAGAAGUAUAUUCUAAAGACUCUAGAAUUAACCAAGCUUUCAAGGGGUCCACAUGUGCAGAAGGAAAUGAACUUACGAAGGUGCUAAUAAAGUAAGAAUUUCUCACUUCUCCUUUAAACCAGUGUGCCACCAUUUAGCUUAGUUUCACAUGAUUCCCCAACUCAUGUUAGGCUGUAGGUCAGUCCCAUCAGCUAAAGUUUUAUCCAAUUCCCAACUUGGAACAUUUUGAAACUCCUGCCUGUUGACAUCAGGCAGGCACUUCCACUGUACUCUUUUCGGCAACUGCUAAAAAAUGCCCAUGUUUAGCGAAGUCUAUGUGGACAUACAGAAGCUGCCAUGUGUUUUUUUGUGGUUUUAGCAUAUUGAUUUUUAUUUUUAAAACAUGUUUUAAACAUUCGUUUUAACUGUUUCACAGACUGCACGAUUUCCUGUAAAAGUGCUCUUUAUCUGUUUUGAUUCAAGGUCCUGCCAUGAUGCCUUUACAGAAAACAUGUCUGGUGAAACUCAGCUAUUGGAAAAGAGGAGACAGUAUCAUUGUGCUGCAUAUAAUUGUGCCAUUGCUGUUAUUAGCUGUGUGUUCAGCGAAAGUAAAUUUUACCAAGGCUUUCUUUUCACAGAAAAACCAGAAAAGGUGUGUAUAUAUUGAAAUGUCACCCAGGCUAGAGGUUAAUAGUGGUUGGCUCUGAGAUCCAAUUUGGCUUUAUCAGUUGGCCCACCAAUCAAGUAAGAGCCAUACGCUUACUGAUGCUACUGUAGUUUCAAGUCAGUUCAUUCAACAUGGUACCUGUUCAGGGAAACUGGAUAAAUUAAUAGCCCUUCCUAUUUUAUUGGAAGUACAGUGGUACCUCGUGUUAUGUACUUAUUCCAUUCCGGAGGUCCGUUCGUAACAGGAAACCUCUUGUAACAUGAGGUGCGCUUUCUCUAAUGGCGCCACCCACUGCUGCCACACCGCCGGAGCGUGACUUCCGCUCGCAUCCCAGGGCAAAGGUCGCAACAAGGAACAUCUACUUCCGGGUUAGUGGAGCACGUAACCCACAGCAUUCGUCAGGGGGACGGUACGUAACACGAGAUACCAUUGUAUAAAGAGAUUGGUGGGUGAUUGCUAUACAACAUAACAGAUCUACUGAGUAACUUGAGACAGUAUAUUUAUAGAGGAGAUGGGUGUCAUCCCUGCAAUACCUCUAUCCAAAUCAUUUAUAAAGAUGUCGAACAUCAACGGGCCCAGGACAGAACUCUUUACCAUAGGUGCAGGAGAUUCUCCUAUCUAAGCUGUCCUGCUGCUUGCACUAGGCAGAAGGGACAAGUUGACUGUCUUCUGUCAGGGCUUGGAAUACAUUGUGUGGGCUUAUGUCUCUUGGGAAUAUCUGCUUUCAGUGGUGAGAUUUGUGGAAUUUAGAUUUUAAUAAGAGCAAUUAAUAUAUUGUAUUUUUAUUGAACUUUUUGUGAUGGCAAUUACUUAUAAAUGUAUUCUUGGAACAUACAGCUAACUGGGUAAUUAACAUUUUGUAAAUUGCAGCAUAAUUGUUCAUUUAAAAUUUGCAUGUCUUCUUUUUCUGCAGAAUCUCUUUAUUCUUGAAAACUUGCUGGAUUUACAGCACCAUUAUUCAUUUCCUAUAGAGGUUGAGGUAGGAAAAGGUUCCUUUUUAAUUUUCACUACUAAUGUAUUAUUUCUGACAACAAUAAAUCAAAUACAAUGGAAGCAACAUCAACAAUAAUACUAUGAAAUAACAUACUCUUUCAGUUUUGAGAAGGUAAAAUGAAGUUACCUCCCUAUUAAGAGAAGAUCUUACUUCCUUAAGAGUUCUAGGAUGUGAGGGUGAUCUGGCUGCGACAUCUGUCACCCCAUUGAUCGACAGGGUUGAUUCGGCUGAUCUGGCUGGCUAGGCAGGUGUCCCCUUCCUCCCUCACCGCUCCAUGUGCGUCCCUCCCGAAGCUGCACGAUCAGUGGAAGAGGACGACCAUCCCAGAUAGAAGGAGUGUACCGUUCUUCGGUCAAGGGUAUACAAUAGCUGCGCUCCCCUGCUAGAACCUCCAAACAAGCUCAAGAGUUCUAGACCAAGUUAAGAGUUGUGGUUAAAUCAUAGAACCAUGGAACCUUGGUUGUUGAACAUAAUCUGUUCUGGAAGAGCAUUUGACUUCUGAAACGUUCGACAACUGAGGCGCAAUUGCUAGUCAGCAAAAUGCAUUGAAAAAAUGGAGAAAUGCGCCUCGGAAGCCGUUCAACUUCUGAGGUAUGUUAAAAAACAACUUCCGGGUUGUCGGCUUUCAAUAGAAAGCUGAAACAUUCAACUUCCAAAGCGUUCAAUGACCGAGGUUCCACUGUAUAAAGGCAUGCCUAGUAGAAUUAUUGCUUCCAUGGUGAUCCUUGGUAGCCUUCAUAGAUUCUGUGCUUUGGCCAGAUUUUAUUCCAGAUCCUGCUGUGUAUCUUAUUUUGCUAACCAAGCAGGUAGCUGUAGCAGUAAACUUGCCACACAGGGGCGUACGAAGUGGGGUGCGGAGGGGGCGGGCCACUCUGGGUUGUAUGUGACAAAAUGGCCCCUGCCUCCCCUCAGCUGUAGAGCAGUCGAGGGUGUGCGCAGUCAGUAUGGGCGCUGCUUGCGUAACGUCUGUGUGGGCUGCCGCUCUUGCGCACCAUCCAUACGAGCUGCCGCCCUCGCACUGUGACCAUAUGGGCUGCCACGUGUGCGCACUCUAUACAGUAUGCCACACAUGCGCAGUCUGUACAGUUGCUGUGCAAGCGGAAUUCUGUACAGAUGCCUGUAUGGAUGGCAUGCGCGAGUGGCAUCCGGUAUGGUUGCUACGUGAGCGCAAUCUGUACGGACUUUGUGCUUGCACCACUGGGCGGUUCGCCCUGCCGCUUGGCGUCCUGCCCUGGGUGCUGGAGAGGGUUCCUCCGCCACUGCACACAGUCUCUGCUGUGGUGGUUUCAGGUAGUGGGGGAGUUUUUCUGUAGGAAUUUGUGGGCCCACUGUGGUGCUCUGAUCAUGGAGGGAAGCAGGUCUUAGAAGAAAAUACAACACAGUAUGUGCUUGCUCAAGUUUUGAGAGAUGCAAGAUGAUGAUAGCGAGGAAUGUGUGAUGGUGAUACAUGAUGUCACAACAGCAAGACUGAGAUUAGUGGGGAUGGUUCCUUCACUGCAAGGUGAAUGGAGGAAAUGGCAGACAAAAUGGUUGCCUGAUGCUCAGAGAGCACAAGAAAUGGAAAAAUAUUUGAUCAUAGUCUACAAAGGAAGUGGGGCAAUAUAAAAAAACGAGCACAAGGCAGCAUUCACCCUUUGCCUGGAGCUAACUUCUCUUCCAUAUUUUAUAAAUUUUGCUUCCAUUCGAUCCCUCUAGAUUUGGUAGCACUAUGUGCUAUUUAAGCUAAUGAGCUUUGAAAACUUUUUUGUAUUUUAGGUCCCACUAGAAAGAAAGAAACAAUACAUUGCCAUUAGGAAAGAAGCAAGGGAAGCAAUGAGUGAGGAUUCAGGUAUUAUUUGUUACUACUUCUUUUUUUAACUGUAUUGAUGAUGAUGAUGGAGCUUUACAGAGUAACAUAAAAAUAACUGUGAUCUUUCUCUUUUUUGUAAUCUGAAUGUUAGCAUUAAUUUUUAAAAUGUGAAAAAAGGCAUAGAUGCAGAUACACAUCCUUAAGUUUGUUUUAAACAGGAAUGAAUGUGAGGAGAAGUUUGUAGGAAGCCUGAGAGUUGACACAUGAAACCAGUUUACUUAGAAGUUCUUCACUGGAGAUGUGCAUAAAUAUCUGUGCAGUCGUAUAACCAGAUUAUGCCUUUCCCUUUUAGUCGAGCCACACUAUUUAGCUUCUGCAUCGUAUAUGGCAGAUAGCAGUCUGAGUGAAGAGAUGAGCCAAUUUGAUUUCUCCACUGGAGUACAGAGUUUUUCAUAUAAUUCCCAAGACCGUAUUGCCUCUGGUUCUCGCUUCAGGAGAAAGGUGAGUUGACUUGUCUAUUGUGUAUGAAAGCUGCAAGUAUGUUCACACACACACACACACACACAUACACACACGUUUGUGUUCCAUUUCCUUCUAAAAGAUCAACAUGUACUUUCAAAUGUUACAGCUUUGGUCUUUUUAACCAUGUAGGAGCUGUAGAGGAUAUAUCAAUGUACAAAGCAGGCUUCCUCAAACUCUGCCCUCCAGACAUUUUGAGACUACAAUUCCCAUCAUCCCUGACCACUGGUCUUGCUAGCUAGGGGUCAUGGGAGUUGUAGGCAAAAAACAUCUGGAGGGCCGAGUUUGAGGAAGCCUGGUAUAGAGCCUCAUAAUUUUUGCUACUACUACCAAGCGCUUAACUGUAGGAAUGCAAUAUUAUGAAGAGAAAAACGAAAGGAUAAAAUGAAAUUCAUGUUUAAUUUCACUUUUUUUAAAAAAGUAAGUAUGACAUUUUCAGAACUAAUUGGCAGUUUUUGCUUGUUUAAAAAGGAGCCCACAGAACCUAUAGUUUCAGAUGAUUUUAUGGAACUGGAGAUGGAUGAGCUGAACCAGCAUGAAUGUAUGGCCUCUAUGACAACCCUGAUCAAACACAUGCACAGAAAUAAAAUCACACCCACGGUAGAAAAGGUAAGUGUUGGCAUGACUUCAUAUGUUGCUAACAUAAUCUUUUCCUAGGUCUUUCUAGGUUUAAUUGUUUAGAAAGAUGUCAAUGUAUUGCCACAUAAAUGCUUGAAGAUUCAGCAUUCAACUAGGUGAACGUUUUCUGUUUUUGUGAAGACUUUAGCAUUGUGUGCAGAUACUCCAUAUUCUGCAAGAUCUUGUCCUACCUGUGGUUUAUCCCCAGUUACUACAGGAAAUAAGCUCAACUAGAUGAGUUGAUCUGUGAAAGAAAUGUGUGUGAGAUAGAUAGAUAGAUAGAUAGAUAGAUAGAUAGAUAGAUAGAUGAUAGAUAAUAUUUUAUAUAAAAAGUUGUACUGAUUUAAGUCAUUAUAGAUGCAGCCAUCAGGCUGUUUGUGGGCAAAAUGCACCCAGUGUACUCAGGUCUGAGACAUAUCAGAUGCAGAAAAGUUUGAGCUGCAGCGUAAAACCUCAAGCUCAAUGGAAAAAUGUUUUGCACUCAGAAGUGUGGUUCUGAUUCUUUAUUUGCUUCCCUGGCUUGAAUUCAAGCCUGACUUCAAAAGUGCAAGGUGCACCUGGAAAGGAAAACCAGGGAGUAGAGGCCCCUUGAUUCUUUCCUUUGAAGUGGAAUGACUUGAUCCCCUGGUAACAUUAUGUGAUUGACAGAUGGGCAGCCCUACCCACCUAUAAAAAGUGGCCUGUGGGGAAGCUUGGGAUCUGGCCUGCCAGCUGGAUCCUGUUCCUUACCCUUAAUUUAAAUUGCUUGUUGAACAAACAUUUUCCAUGGUAUGAAGUUUGAUUUCAUAUUGAGCACAUGAACUCAAAUGAACACAUACUUGUGUUCAUUUAGAAGUAUUGUCUUACUCUAGAUAGGAAACAAAGUGACAUACUCUACUUCCUGUAAAGCAUCUGUUUCCCUGUAACCCCCCCCCAAUCCUCCCCCCUCCCCGCCCGAUUUGGGAUGCACCUCUACUGGUAACUGAGGAAGGAUUGUGGUUUAACACUGUGUUUUUGUUGCCUUUUAAUUAUGCCUUGUAAUAUAAUUGGCUGUGUGUGUCUGUGUACUUAUAAUCUUCUGGGGACUUAGGGUACAGAUUCACCAGAUCUUCCUCCAUGGAUGAAGUUUCUACACAGCAAACUAGGAAAUCCAUCUGUACCAUUAAAUAUUCGCCUCUUUGUGGCAAAACUCAUCGUGAAUACAGAAGAAGUGAGUCAUUUUUUUAAAAAAUGAGACUGUAAAUGGGCACUGGUUGUUGUAAUAAUUUUCUACAGUAUGAGUAAAGUAGGUUGAAACUCAAAGUUUAAGAAGCUAAUGAAGAUUGGCAUACAGAGCUGAUUAAAAUCUUAAUCAACCGGGCAUUUUGAUGAUGAUUUUGUUCUGUUUUUAAUGGUUCUCCUUGUUUUAUUUUCAUAUUGCUGCAUGAUGCCUUGAUGUGAUGGUAGUAUAUAAGUAUUUUUAGAAAUAAAAUAAAUAAAAUAAAAUAAAUAAAUAAAUAAAUAAAAUAAAAUAAAUAGCACCUAAAUUAAUGUGUUAAUCCCCGGACUUCCAUAAACCAGCCAUCAUAUACAUAUAUAAGCACUAGUGUUGUAUGAUGGAUUGGAAUUGUAGUUUUGAAACCUCCAGGUGAAUAAAAGUAGCACUUCUAAGGUAUAGGCAACUUUUCAUGUAAGAGACAUGGAAUCUGAUCUACUGCCUCUAAUUGGAAUGUGCUAAUGGUGGGGGGAGAAAAAUAUCUGAGUGGCACGUUCAGGGUGUUCAUAUAAAUCCAACUGUUCAAAUAUCAGUACCUUGUUUACUUUCCUAAGUAUUGUGUGAUUAUUUAUCAGCGAAGCAUGAAAUGUUGGGCAUUUGUAAGAAGUACUUUGCAAAAAGAAGUACUUUACUUUUUCAAUAUUGUGCAGCAGUUUCCAAAGUGGCAGUGCUGUAUAGAUGGCAUUCUGCAUUUCUUCUCUAGGUUUUCCAACCUUACACAAAGCACUGGCUGGGCCCCUUACUGCAGCUGGUUGUCUCUGGAGAUAACGGAGGAGAAGGGAUUCAUUACAUGGUGGUGGAGAUAGUGGUCACCCUACUUUCCUGGACUAGUGUUGCUACACCCAAAGUAAGGAACUAAGAAAUAUGUGUGUGUGUGCGCGUGCAUGCGUGCGCAUAUUUAGGUCGUAAUGAUCUGAUGCAAGGUGUAAUUAUUGUAAGUUCAUAAUGAGAAAUGUCUCUGGCAAUUCAGGUACGAUGAUUUUUAGAACACCUUUAGUUUUACAUGAUUUCCUGUGGAGACACUUUAGAUGAACGUAUGUGGCUAUUGUCACUAAAUAACUGUUAGUGAUACUGUACUAUAAAUGUAUUCUCAUAAUGUAUUUAUAAAUUUAAAGUGUUAUUUAAUUUGGAAGUGUGAUUUGCCUUCUGCAGUCUCACAUUGUUAAAAAAUAUUGUCUCCUACUCCAGAAAAUUGAAGAUUAAUUUUUAAAGCAUAUUCCUUAGUUAAAAGAGCAAACUCAGCUAUUAAUUAGCUAACUUAAUAACUAAUUAACUUAGUUAAAUAGCUAACUCAGUGCUUUGUGAUUUGCUUUACACUAGGGAAAUAUCAAGGAUGAAAUCCUAGCUAACCGGUUGCUUGAGUUCUUGAUGAAGAAUGUAUUUCACCAGAAAAAAGCAGUGUUCAGACAUAACUUAGAAAUUGUCAAGACAGUAGUAGAGUGCUGGAAAGAUUGUCUCAGCAUACCUUACAGGUAAAUAAUCUUAAUAAAGGUACUCUUUGUAGUUGCAGUAUACAUAAAAAUCAACCUAGUAGCAUGAAGGCUUCUUUUUAAAAGCUAGUUUGGGUAGGUGGACUGUUGCAUUUAUACUAAAUCCUGUUGUCAUCAUACAUGUCUAGCAAUGAUAGAAUACACCUGUUGCCAGUUCUCUAGUAUUUAACCUGGAGACAUUAAGGAUCAAUGUGUUUCAUGCCUUAGACACAGAUGGCAAACAUGGUUCUCUCCAGAUGUUACUGGGUUGCAACUCAUCAUCCCUGAUCAUGGACCAUGCUGCCUGGGGCUGAUGGAGUCCAACAACAUCUGGAGAGCAGCACACUGGCUACUCCUGUUCUUAGAAGACAAACCUAUAACAUGGCUGGGUGGGAGUUGGGGAUCAGGUGUUUAUCUAUGCAGGGUUUCUAAAAAUGCUCCAAUUUGAAUAUUCAGUAUGAACUUGACCACUUCUAUUUUUCAAUCUAAGUUACUAUUUUUAUUAUCUCUGUGAUUUUGUUUACUAUAGGAUAAUAUAUGAACGGUUUUCUGGUAGAGAUGCCAACACAAAAGACAACUCCGUGGGAAUUCAGUUACUAGGAAUUGUACUUGCUAAUAACCUGCCUCCCUAUGAUCCAAACUGUGAAAUAGGCAGUGUGAAGUAAGAAAAUUAUUUUUAUGCAAUUCAGCUGGAAUGUACUGAACAAAAGAAGUGGGGCCAAUAGAGAAGGAAACAUGAAACUUUCAUCUUUGGCUUGCAAUUCUCCUACCAGUUACUUAUUCUUAACCGCAACACACAAAACCCGCAAUAAAUUUGGAGGCUGGUGGUGGGAUUUUAAGAUAAUUGAUUUCAACAUAAAACUUUAUAGUGUUCUCACUGCAGAAGGUUUAAUCUCCUCCUCCAAAUGUUCAUAUUUGGAUGUGGUUUUAUUGCUUUGAGUAAAGCAAUUAAAUUGAUCCUUGCAGCAUUUUAUAUUCAAAGGAUUGCAUCAGGAACUACAAUGAUCGCGUAAUGCAUCUGUGAGAUCAUGCAGAAAUUUACUUGGUGUUAAAUGAGGUUACUCAAGCAUGCUUCAGUCUCUGAAUUCAUGUUGAUCAUCUGAAAAUGGGAAAAAUUAUGCAUAUAAUGCUGAAUUAGAACUAGCUUCAUGUACUGGAGGGGAGGGAGAAACAGACAGGAAUGGUAAUCAAUUUCCAAAAUGAAAACUGGAACUUUGGGGACUGACAUUGAAAUUUUCAGCAAACAGGAAAGUAGAUACAGUCAUACCUCGGGUUAAAUUUGCUUCAAGUUGAGCGCGUUCGAGUUGCGCUCCGCGGCAACCCGGAAGUAACGAAGCGCGUUACUUUCGGGUUUCGCCGCUUGCGCAUGCACGGACUCUCAAAAUGACGUCACGCGCAUGCGCAGAAGCGGUGAAAAGCGACGCGCGCACAGACAUGCCGUCGCUAGAUACGUUUACCUCUAGAUGUGGACGGGGCUCCGGAACGGAUCCCGUUCAUAUCUAGAGGUACCACUAUAUGUAUAAAGUGCAUGCAUGAGGCCAGGAAUGGGGAAUCUCUCAUCCUCCAGAUGUUGGAUUGCAACUCCCACUAUCCCUGACACUGAGCUGAUGAAAGUCCAGAGUUCCCCCAUCCCUUCAUUAAAUUAUUUGUAAUCCACUUUGUUUAGGUUACAGAUAAAACAAGUGGUCUGUAUAGGGUUUCUAAACAUGCUCCUACUGAUAUCUGUUUAUUGCACAUUAGACAUUAAAAUACCAUUCUGAGACUAUCGAAGCAUAUUUCUUCUUCAUGCUAGAUACUACCAAGCUUUGACUAACAACAUGGCCUUAGUAAAAUACAAGGAAGUGUAUGCAGCUGCCGCCGAAGUGCUGGGACUUAUUCUUCACUAUAUUUCUGAGAAGGAAAAAGUGGGUACAGCAGGCUAUGUAUUUUACAGUUUCUAAAACCAAAGCAGGAGUUUGCUUUUUAAGUGUAUUCUAUGCAGUUUUAUUUUUUUAAGAUGGUUCCUAAAAUACACAUUAAAACUGUGUUGUUAUCUUAGCUAAGCCACUGUAUUUCAUUGUAUAACAUGUUCAUUGUAUAACAUUUUGACAGGGGAGAAAGUAUUGCCCUUUUAAUGAAACAUUGGAACUGUCAUACUAGAUCUCAUCCAUUCCAGUAAUAUGAUUCCAGUAGCUGCUAGCUAGAAGUUACGGUGAAGAUUGCCAUACUCAGAUUGUUCCCAACCUUCAGUAGGCAGCAGUUUACUGCCUCUGAGAUAAAAGUCUCAUUCCUACAGUGGCAUUGAAAGAGCAUAGGCAAACUCGGCCCUCCAGAUGUUUUGGGACUACAACUCCCAUCAUCCCUGACCACCGAUCCUGUUAGCUAGGGGUGAUGGGAGUUGUAGUCCCAAAACAUCUGGAGGGCCGAAUUUGCCUAUGCCUGAGCUAGCUUUCACAUAUUUAUCUAAUCUUAUAAAAAUGACUGAGGAGGCCUCUCACUACUCACAUAAUUAGUAAUUAUUACUAUUUUUUUGGUCAGGAUAUUGAGACUUUGGCAUUUGAAAGUACCUAACGAUAUGUUCAAUUUUUCAGAUAUUUGAAGGUCCGGUUUAUGACUUGGUCAUACAGCAGCUAAAGCAGCAUCAGAAUACCAAAGAGGACAAAUUUAUUGUGUGUCUGAAUAAAGUGACAAAGAACUUCCCUUCUCUUGCUGACAGGUAAGUUGAGAACUCUCAAUUGCCUAUACCCUAGAGAGGUUCAGUUAGCUUAGCAGUGUUAUAACUUCCUGUUCUUUUUGGUUCUUGUUCAUGGAAAGGUUUAUGAAUACAGUCUUCUUCCUGAUACCAAAACUUCAUGGGGUGAUGAAAACUUACUGCCUGGAGGUAGUAAUGUGUCGUGCCCAAGAAAUAGCGGAUCUGUAUUUACAGUUGAAGAGUAAGGAUUUUACACAAGUCAUGAGUCACAGGUAAAUAGGGGCAUAAUUAUCCAUAUUUCUAUAGGAACUCUGCACAAACCCUAUUUUCUGCACAAGCCCUAUUUGAGCAAAUGGGAGUUGCUCAAAAUCACAUUUUCCCUUUGGGUGCUGAGGAUAGAAGGAGGCUUUUCCCAGUUAUCACUUUUCAGUUGGCAUUUUCCAGAGAAAAGUCCUCGCAAGUUCAAUCAAAAGUCUAGCUUUGCUGCACUUUUUGUAUACAUACUUAUUGUUGAUGCAAUGAAGUUAUUUUUAAAAUCCGUUUGACUGCACUUUUUCAAAUGAAUAAAAAUGCACUAUAUGUUAAAAAAAAACCUUUUGAAAUUAAAAUCAUAGACAAAUUUUAAAAUGUUUUUUUGUUUUUCUCUCCUAGAGACGACGAAAGGCAAACCAUUUGUAUGGAUAUAGUCUACAAGAUGCUACCUAACCUGAAACCAGCUGAGGUACAAGAGCUGCUUCCUGCAGUAACCGGCUUCAUCUCUCACCCGUCACCAGUAUGUCGGGGGAGAAUGUAUGACAUUCUCAUGUGGCUAUAUGAUAACUACAGGUAAGAAUUCAACCACAGGUGUUUUAAAAAGAAAUCCUCCAUUAAAUUGUGUCACCUGUUGCACGAGUGCGCCGCACAUUUAAGUCAUGAUGUGGAAAAAAAAACUCCAGCUCUUGACAUUUGAGAAUUCUGAAGCUGUCUUAAGAGACUGAUAGAGAAACUUAUGGGCAUAUAUCCUUGUGAUCAUCAUGGAAUACUGUGAAGUAUUGCAGAUUUUCCACUAACCUUUUGUGUUAGUGAGAAGGCAGUAGAAGAGUUGAACUGUUUUUCCUUGUUCUUUUUCCUCAGGGAUCCUGAAAGCCAAGCAGAUGAGGACUCUUCAGAAGUGUUUAAACUAGCGAAAGAAGUUCUGUUACAAGGACUGGUUGAUGAAAAUUCUGGAUUGCAGUGAGUAAUGUUAAUCCGUAUGUGUGUGUGUUUAACUGAAAAUCAAAGCCUUAAAAACUAUUUAAUUUCAGAAAUCAGAAUUAUAACUUGAGUGUGUUGGGUGUCUGGGUUUGACGGCUUGGAAGGAAGGAAAUGAGGUAAAGGUGGUUGUUUUUGCUUUUAAGUCUCUCCCCCUGCUGAAUCUCAGUUUCUUUUCCUGUCUUCCUUUGGUCAGUACCAACUUGCCUCUCACCAUCACAUGAAAACAAACUGAGAGGAUCAUGUAUUCAUUUUGUCAAUGAGUGGAGUGUGCUGUCCGGUAAUAUCCAACUAACAGUUCCACUACUGUAAGGACUUUUAACUGAACAAUGGAACUUCCCCACUGUGCCUAAUGCAUGACCUCUACAUCAGCUCUGGAGGGUUGGGGGAACCCCUGGAACAGAUUUAGGGGUUGUACAGGGGAAGGAGAGGGCAGGGAAGUUCCAUCGCACAGCCAAAAGUCAUUGCAUUGGCAGAACAGUUUAGUUGGAUACAACAAAGGAAUUUACCACUAGGUUCGAGUCCUUGUUUUCCUGAUUUUGCCUUGAUAAAGUAAGAAAUCAGGAAUUGGAUCUUGAAAUGGUAUCUACUGGUGAAAAAUAGGGGGUGGGAAGAUGGCUUUGCAAUAUUUGUUUUGUUUUAUUAAAUAUGUAUACCACCCUUCAUCCAUAGAUCUCAAGGUGCUUCACAGCAUAAAGUUACAAUAUAAAAACCACAGAAUACAUAAUAAAAAUAAGAACAAACAACAAAUAAUCCUUCCCCCCCAACACAUUUAAAAGGGCAUUGGUUGAAGAGGAACGUUUUUGCCUGUUGCCUAAUGAUGGCACCAGCCGAACUUCCCUGAGGUUGGCAUUCCACAAGUGGGGAGCCACUGCAAAAAAGGCCCAUUCUCGUGUUGCAACCCCCGGACCUCUCGUGGAGUUGGUACAUGAAGAAGGAGCUCAUAGGAUGAUUUCAGGGUCUGGGUGUGUUCAUGUGGAGGUCACUCUGGGCCAUUUAUGGUGAUAAUGGCUUAAUAAAUAAAACAUUAUUGAGCUUGCCAUUGUUGUACUAUGCUCUGUAUUUCCUUUUACAGAAUAAUUGUCAGGAACUUUUGGAGUGAUGAAACUAGGCUACCAGCCAAUACCCUUGAUCGAAUGUUGACUUUGUUAAGCUCUUUAUACUCUGUCAAAAUUGAAACUCAGUAUUUGAGCUUGGCUACGAAUUUUCUGCUUGAGAUGACCAGCAAGAGCCCAGAUUACUCCAGAAAAAUGUUUGAGUAUCCACUUUCGGAAUGCAAAUUUCAGGUGAAUUUAUUUAUAUAUCUUUAAUUUAUUUUUGUUUUGUGGCUUCCCCGUGACAUUUGGUUGGCUGCUGGGAGAGCAGGAUGUUGGAAUAGAUGGGCCAUUGGCCUGAUCCAGCAGGCUCUUCUUAUGUAUUUUUAUAUAGAAUUGUGGGGUAGUCUUCAGGAUCCAUCACCCUUUAGUCCAGAGCCAGUAAAAUCCAUUGAAUAGCUAUUUGGCUGUAAUUUACAUUGGUCAGUUUCAUACUUUAUUAGAUGUAAACUGAGGAAUUCAUUUUGAUUAUUACAUUGGGAAAGGAGGAUAUUUUUAUAAAAUGAAAUGGAUAGAAAUCAGAGGAAAAAAUGGAAUUUGGAUUAGGAAAUGACACCAGUUUAAAAAUAAAUGCCUCAUGGGGGCAAAAUUUUAUACUCCUCACAUCCAGCUGAGUUUCCCCAGCCACUCUGGGUAACUUACAGCAAAAUAUUAAAACAAAGAAGUACAUUAAGAUUUUGUCUAUUAGUUUCACAUGUAAACCUAUCCUAGGCACAUUUAUUCCAUUGUCCCACUGAAUUUAGUGGUAUCUCAGCUGAAUCAAAUUAGAUGACUUCAAUGGGCAAAGAUGGUCUCAGCUCUGGGUCAUUGUUGUUUUUUACUUCCUAGGAUUUUGCUAUUGACUCAAGUUGGCGGUACCGAAGUACUGUUCUUACACCUUUGUUUGCGGAGUCUCAAGCUUCCCAAGAUGCCAACAGGUAUCGCUCACAGGAAGGAUCUCUGGGGGGCCAGAUAAGGGCUACACAGCAACAGUAUGAAUUUACUCCCACACAAAAUGCCAGUAAGUUUUCCUGAAGCAGUAGUAUUUAAUGAAAAACUUUAAAGGGUUUGUGUAUGGAAUUCAUGCUUCCAUGCGUAUUCAAAAACUUGUGUGUAUGGAGGUUUGUACCUUGGUUCUCGAACUCAAUCCAUUCUGGAAGUCUUUUCGACUUCCAAAACAUUCAAAAACCAAGGUGCAGCUUCCGAUUGGCUGAUUGGCCCCAGAAACAAUGUUGACAGCCGAAACGGAUGUUCGGCUUCCAAAAAAGUUCGCAAACCGGAACACUUAUUUCUGGGUUUGCGGCGUUCGUGAGCCGAUUUGUUCAUCAGCUAAGCCAUUUGGGAACCAAGGUACCACUGUACUUGCAUAUACUUUUGUAUUUAUUUGUGUGUGUGUGUGUGUGUGUGUGUGUGUGUAAAAUCUUUGGCCUCAUAUACUAAAAAUAUUAAGUAUUUCGGUUUUCAUACUGAACCUUCCCCUGAUAUUCUGUUUCUUUAACAUCUAUUUCUGGUUGUAGCUUAGGCAAGUAAAAGAAAAGUAGUGGCGGAGAGGGGGGCAACACAUAUUAAAUGGAGAGAUAUGUGAGUAUUAAUGCUUUCUUCUUAUUUCAGGUGGGAGAAGCUCUUUCAACUGGCUGAUAGGAAACAGCGUUGACACUUUUUCAGAAUACAGAUUUCCUUCAUCUUCUGAAUCCCUGUCAUCUUCGAUGUUGUUCAUUAACAAACGAGCUGACAAAUCACACAGAACCGCCUUCAAACCUAUAGGUCCUAAUUUCGGAGAAAAAAGACUGGGUUUGCCCGGUGAUGAGGUGGACAGCAAAGCUCAAGGUACCACAGCUGUUAAUGGAGAUUUCUCCCUUACAUCCUUAGUUAGAAGAAGCCUUCUGUAUUAUCUAGAUAAGCAAAUUACAUAAUAUCACACAUGAGUUUUGCUCAAACAACCAGAAGAAAUUGGUUUCAAAAGUUUAAGCCCUUACAUUAGGAAAGUUCUUAAAUCAAAGGGUUCAUAUGUCAUCAAAAUCCCUUUACAGGUCUUAUAUGAUAUUAUGGGUAAGACUUUCCCACCCCAUUGUUUAAUUAGGAAAGUGUUGUAUGCAAGUUAUUAAAAAGUAGCUUUAUGUAUAAGUUAAAAAAGAAUUUUCCUUCUCUGUUGCUUAGGUAUAGAUGAACGAUCAGAGAUUCUGAGACUGAGGCGACGGUUCUUAAAAGACAAAGAAAAGCUUAGUUUGAUUUAUGCAAGGAAGGGCGUUGUCGAACAGAAAAAAGAAAAGGUUUGUUUCCUAUAGUAUAAAUAAUAAACAGAGACUAAACUGUUUUUAGAGUGCUUCUACUGAAGUACCGCUUUAGGAACAGAGUGCCCGCAUGCCUAGGAUUGUUCAAGUGCCUCAUAAGCAGUGGGGUUGAGAGACCACCAAGGCACACAAUUCCUCUCCUUCCUAAGAAGUGGUGAAGUAUCUAGCUGGGCUCUUGACAGUGUGAGGCACUACAGAGAUGGGACUGGAGUAUCAAAGCUCCAUUCUUUUUCUCUCUCAAAGAAAUGUGAGAUGUUGGGGUUCCCCCCCUCCAAGGAGAUUGUGUUAUGAUCUUCAUGUUUUGUUGCUUGCUUUUCCAAAGCUGAUCAGGAAGCUUGCCUAUCAAGAUUUUUCUGAGGACAGAAGUUGGCUGACUUGUGGAGGAAGCUAUCCUUGCAUGGGGCAUGUGUGCCCCACUUGCUUCAGUAACUCAGGGCCACUCAAAUUAGCCUAAUAUAUUUCCUGAGUGAAGAGGAACACACACACACACACCCCAUUUCAUGUCUUACCCACUCUGAAGCAAAUGCAUUCCCUGAGAUCUGCUCUUCUUCAUCACAAUCCAGGGCUCUUCUUGCUUACUUGAUGUAGUUCAGCUCAAAGCCUAAACCUUAGAAUUGAACUUUUGGGAAGAAUUGGAAUAUGUGACUUAAACUUGAGGUCAUGCAUUUUCUGAAUCAGCAUUCUUGAGUGGUCAGCGCUCCCUUUGCGGGAUCCACAAAAAGGAAAUGUAUAUUUAUUUAUCUAUUUAUUUUGGAAAUUUUUUAAUUACUUUACAUAUAGAAAGUAUCAGAGCAUCAGUAAUUCAGUAAAGCUGUAUAAAAAUACAAUUCUACAGUGAUCUGUUUUCAUGGCUUGGGUUAAUCAUCUGGAAAGUCUUGUCUAAAUACAGAAGUAUUCAGCAGGCAUUGAAAAACAUAGCACAGCCAAUGUCUGUCUAAUAUACCCAGGGAGGGAAUUCCACAAGGCAAGUGCUGCAUCACUUAAAGAUUCUGCUCUAAGUACAAUGGAGUGGACCUUGGGGGAAUCAGACGCCAUUAGGACGGCCUGUCCUGAUGACUGCUGUGAUCAAACUGGUAUAUAGGGCCCAAGAAUAUCUUGCAAGUAACCUGGUCCCAGGUUGGUUACGGCUUUUGUAUGCAACUGGCAGAACCUUAACCCGUGGCUUAGUAGCUUAUCAGCAGCCAAUAAUAUAGCUCUCUCAGCAAAGGUGUUACAUGCUCAAUGUAGUAAUCCAUUCUCAAUGUUACUGUAAGAUAAGCUGUUGUUUUUUUUUCCUGUUCACCUCAAAACUAAUUCAGAAGUGAUCUAUUGUUGCAGGAAAUUAAAACCCAGCUGAAGAUGAAACAUGAUGCUCAGGUCACUCUGUACAGGAAGUACAGGCAAGGCGACCUUCCUGACAUCCAGAUUGAAUACAGCAGUCUUAUUACCCCUCUGCAGGGCGUAGCUCAGGUAUGCUCUUUUAUCGGUGUUACUUAACUGCUUUUUUUUUUUUUUGGUAACACAGUUUCAGUGAACGCAUUUCAAAAUUUGUAUAAGGUACUCGAAUGUAAAGCUGUUCCUGUAAACUCCUACGCUCCAGUUGCAGAAGAGACACAUGAUUCUCUGUGGAAGCUCCAGUGCAGCUGUACCAAGGAUUCAUUGCUUGCAUUGUCAAUUACAGAGAGACCCUAUACUGGCUAAGCAGCUUUUCAGCAGUUUGUUUAGUGGAAUUCUGGAGGAAAUGAAGAAAAUGAAAACUCUGCCUGAGAAGAACAAUGUUGUCCAGCAGUUGCUUGAGGAUUUCAACCACUUCCUGACAACAUCUGUGCUGUAUUUCCCACCGUUCAUAGCUUGCAUCCAGGUAUUGCUUUCUACGUUGCAUUUUGAAUUUUGUCCUGUUUUGUCUUUUUAGGCAUAUACACCAGGUUGGGAGGAAACCUUUUUAGCCCAGUGGCCAGAUCUUUAUUCCCUCCACCCACCAUGAGGCAUCUUUGACCGGUGGGUGGACCCACUCAUCUGGCUUCAUAAUGAUAUUGACAUAUGUCAAAGUUCAACGGAAGUCCCUGUACAGCAGAGAUUUCCAAACUUUCAUGUUGGUGACACACUUUUUAGACAUGCAUCAUUUCGUGACACAGUAAUUCAGUUUUACUAGCAAACCGGAGGUUAAACUAACCCCUUUCCAGCCCCAGGAGAAGCGCGGGUAAUGUUUACGCGACACUCCUACACACUGCAGCUGAGACACUGACGUGUCGCAACGUACAGUUUGGAAAGCUCUGCUGUGCAGCAACCACCUUUAAAGACACACAUCUCAAAUAGGCUCCCUUAAUUGACAGUUGGCUGAUGGUCGGUUAGAGGGAGCCCCUUUGAAGUUUCUGCACAGAGGAAAAUGACCGAAACACAGGAGCAGUUCCCCCUCUGCAAAGGAAGGGGAAGUGCUUUGAAAACAAACUACUUCCUUCAGAAAAAAAAGAAAUGCUCCAAUGAAAGAUGACACAUUUUUUUCUUUCCAAAGAAACUUGCCAAAGCCCCUUCUGCAGUGCUUCCCACAUAUUUGUGUCACUUGAUAUGACUUGAACAAAACAGGCUGGUGGGCCAAAUUUGACCAGCAGACCAGAAAAUUUCCACCACUUUUACAGAAGAUAUAAAUGAGCACAAGCUAAAAUUGAUUAAAGAUGACACCAUUCUUACUUAAAUUUGUUAAUAUUUACCCAGGGAUGUAUUAGUUCUUCCUUCUUCUAAUGGUCUGUGAAGUUGCCUUAAUUCUUGUUCUCUGCGUUAUAAAAUUUACCUAGUUGGCUAAUUUCUUUAUAGACAAAGGUGUCUAGAACUGCCAGGCUCCAUUCACUCACUUUCUAUUUCAUUCAUUCAUUCAUUUUAUUUGUAUACCUGUUAACAUCCAUCUGUCUUGGGAGACACGCAAAAAAACCCAUGCUCAAAGUGGCUCACACCAAUGAAACGGGGAGCAUUUCAAACAGUCACUACAAAAACAAUUUGCUUGUGUCCGAUUAUGAGUGUUGUACAUCUCCCUGUCUCUGCAGCUAAUAAUAAUAUUAUGAACUGAGGCUAGGGAAAUGCACAAUAUUAUAAUGUCACUAGUUGUUCUAGUUCUAGACAUAACAGAGGGGGUUGUUGGAUUAAAUGGGGGGGGGCAUGUGUGUGUGUGUGUGUGUGUGAGAGAGAGAGAGAGAGAGAGAGAGAAAGAAAGAGUGACAUGGUUUAUUAAACAUUACAUAUUAAGCUAACCUCAAAGUAAUUCCAAUAGCUAAUUAUGGGUUUGGUGCGAUAGGAAAUGAGCUACCAACACAGAGAGCUGCUGGACCUCAGCCCUUCAAGUGUGAGCACUAGCUGCUUAGCAAGUUUGCAGCAGCCAGUGGGUAUCCUGCUUCUUGAACAAUCUUUAAUUCACCUUUCCCCUGAGGAGGAGGAGGAGGAGCCACCCUCCAAAAGGAUGCGUGGAAAGACAGAACUUUCACCCAAUGUGAUCAAAUGGAUUGAACUUGCCAAGUAAGUUUUUUUCUUUCCUCUCUAGAGUUACGUUACUGUAUGGUAUGUUUUUAAAUUGACUUUAUAAAAAAACUGUAAGUAGUACUAUUUUUGCAGCUGUUUAUAUAACACCUAUUGAAUUAGCAUUUUCUCAAUAGUGAUGCUGUUGGACUAGGACUGAAAACAAACCCAGGUUCUAAUGUUUACUCAACAUUGAUGCUCACUGGAUUACUUUGAGCUGCCCUGGGGUGGCUAAACCAUGGGGUGUAUACAGACUGCCAAGAGGUUUUGGGUGGCCCUCAGGGACAACCCCCCUCCCAGCUUCUGUGUGGUGUAUAUGUGUAAAUAUAUACGAGGGGGAACUCCCCUACCUUCCCCAAGCACCCUAGUGUAACCUUCACCACUUCUAAGUCAUUUGGAGCUUCUAAAAAAAACCUUUAAUGGAAUCUUUCCUGCUGCUCUAUUAACAGUGCUACUUUUUAGCCUACUCUCUUCACUUCUCUUCAUUUGUUGUGCAAUGAUGUCUUCAGUAACUGAUGACAAACUAUCCUUCUUGAUUACCCACAAAGGCACCAGAGCAGGAAAAACAAUGCAGGCAGCAGUGAUCAGAAGUAAGGGAGUCAGCACCACCUAUUGAUUGCAAUGGUUAUCAAAUUUAAUGUAUUUGGGGGAAUUAGGGAUGGGGAAGACAGGUUCUGAAAGAAGGAGGGAAAUAAUCACAUAAAAAUACAGGCAAUGCCCCAAUUAUGUACAUUUUGUUUGCUUGCGACCAUGCACACAUGUGCCAAGUACCUGGAAGUGGUACCCAGAAAUGUUCAACCAAGCCCCACCAUUCCUCCGACACACGGGAAGUGGAGGGGCGGUGUAGCUGGCCCAGCUGACGUGUGCAGGGCAGAAGCUUAACUGUGCACGAGAGCUCAGGCUCCUGAAGGCCAGAGGGAUGGAGGGGCUUGGUUGAGGAGGGCUCUCCAGGGUGCUCCCCAUUUUACACGAUUUCACAUACAUGCGUGAAAUGACCUCAGGGCCAUUGCUUAUGGAAGUUAGGAUAAUGUGUACUUAAGCAAUAAGCAUUCAGCUGUAUCCUGGACUUUUUUUUUCACUUUCUAGGCUUUAUCGAUCAGUUGGAGAUUAUGAUGUUCUGCGGGCUAUUUUUAGUGGAAAGAUUGACACUAAGGAAAUUACUCAGAAAGCUCUAUUAGCAGAAGCAAAAAAUGAUUAUGCUGAAGCAGCGAAGCAAUAUGAUAAGGUAUGCUUUUCAUACGAAGUCUUGCUUUCAAGUAAGAAGAAAAGUCUUACUUGCUUUCAAGUCUGAAGAAAAAAUAAGUAAUUGUUCAGGCUGAAUAUGGAUUUUUUAAAAGGUUCUUCUAAUCAUCAUUUCUCUGCUUUAGCCAGGAUAAUUUUCUUCAUGACUGAGGAAAAGGAGAGGCAUGAAUUGCACAUAAAUGUGUUAAGACUUUGAAAGCUUUUCAAUGCAGCUUUAUAGUCAUUAGCAGAGGUAGAAGAGAGUUUGAUUUGCUGACCUCUAAGGUACCCCUAAGAUGUACUCAGAGUAUUGAUUAAUGGAGGGUCAGAGUAAUUGGUGCAACACCAACAUAGGUUGGAAGGCUGGGCAGGGUGUGCAGUGUGUGUGUGGUGGUGGGGAAUCCCAUUGAUAGGAAUUCUAUCAGCCCUCCCAUGAAGCCAUUCUGAGAACUCAAUUUCAGGGAUUGCUCCUGGUGUUGGGCCAGAGAAACAAAGCAGGGAUGCAUUUUGCGUACCACCCUCCCUGUUGCCCGACACCCUCCCUGCUUAAACUGGUUGAGGUGGUUUCCUGAGUUCUCUUCUUCUUCUUAUCCCUUUCUUUCAUUAGUUAACAGUUUGCUUUCAGUGUUUCGUCUGUUAACUUGUUAGUCUAUAUAUUGUUGGAUAUGCUUAAAAACAAAGGAGUGUUGCUGUAUUUAAAAAUUAGUUUUGUUAAAGGAGCAUCUCCAUUUUGGCAGUUAUCCAGAAAUAUUAUAUGACUGGUAGUUCUGCUUUUAUGGGAGGGGCUGUCUUUCAUGCAUGCAGCACAAGCUUUGCAUGCCAAAAGGUCCUUGGCAUCUCUAGGUGCAGCUGGAAAAGAUGCCUGUCUAAAAUCAGCAUUGGCGGUUGUGAUCUAGAUGGGCCAAUGGUUGGGCUUGGUAUUCGGCAGCUUCCUUUGCUCCUAGGUCACGCGGUGUUGUUGUUUUUGCACAGGUAUCAAAACUGUUAUGGAAGAGCAAAUUGGCUAUGAAUUCAUAAUUGCGUACAGAUAAAUGACUAGCUAAACACUGAGAUACACAUGCAUCUGUUUCUACAGGCACUCUCUAUGCAAGACUGGCCUGAUGAAGAACCAACAGAAGCGGAAAAAGAUUUUUGGGAGCUUGCAUCUCUUGAAUGUUACAACCGCUUGACAGAAUGGAAGUCUCUGGAAUACUGUUCGACUGUAAACAUUGAUAAUGGACAGCCCUCAGACCUAAAUAAAACAUGGAGUGAUCCAUUUUAUCAGGUUUUCAAACAUACGUAUAUAUUUUCCAUUCUGGCUACAUUGCACUUGUUCAUUGCAUCUGUCUGCUUAUAUGUCAGGGCCAAACUGCAUGCAAUAAUGGAGAUUUGUGAUUCAUCUCUGUGUUUUCCUACGACAGGUCUAACAGCAGCUUCUGGGGUUUGUGGGGUUUGAGUAUGCAAGUUUGUGUGUGUAUGUGUGUUCGUGCGCUGCAGGGGGGGGGAGUUAAGUAUUCUCCUCCCCCUGCUGCUGCUCCAGAAAAACUGGCUACCCUAGUACCAGCUGUGUUUCAAUUUAUUUUCAUUCUUUUCUUUAAAAAAAAGGGUUUUGAGAUCAGUCAUGGAUCUGCUGUGUAAUGUGUCAUUUGGUCCUUCCCUGUGGGAAGAGCUCUCAACCUAAUAUUAGUCUUGUGUGGAAGAAUCUCACUGUUAGUAUGUAUUAAAAUAUUAAACGAAAGCACCAAAUGCAGCAGAGGACAUUAAAGUUUUAAUAUAAAUAUAAUUAAGUGAAUAUAAUCCAAGAUAAUGCAAUCAGGUCAUGAAUGCUAUUUCAAUGUAAUAAAACUAAUUUCAAUUUCCCACCACUUUAGGAAACCUAUCUGCCAUACAUAAUUCGCAGCAAACUGAAGCUUCUCCUUCAUGGUGCUAAUGACCAGUCUUUACUGACAUUCAUUGAUGAAGCUAUGAAGACUGAACAGAAGAAAGCUCUAAUAGAAAUGUAUUACAGCCAAGAGUUGAGUCUUCUCUACAUUCUACAGGAUGAUUUUGACAGAGCCAAAUAUUAUGUCAAUAACGCUAUGCAGGUUUUCAUGCAGGUAAGGAUCACAUACAUCUGGUGUGAAAAGUCAGUAGAUAACUGAUAAAAGUUCAUUGCUACUGCAGGAUUAUGUCACUCUCCACUGCCUCCUUGGGAGUUAAAAGGGGAUAAAAUGGGUUCAGGUUUAAAGUCUUGAUUCCCUGAGAUGAUCAGGGCUUGCUAACUGCAGAAUGUGUAAGGAAAAGCAUAGCAUAAAGGAAAAUACACCAAUUGUUGUACAGGAAUUCAAAUGGAAAUGUUGUCUACUCCACAGAACUAUUCCAAUAUCGAUUCACUGUUGCACCAGAGUCGACUGACCAAGCUGCAGUCCGUUCAGGCUUUAACAGAAAUACAGGACUUUGUCAACUUUAUAGGCAAGCCAGGUAAGUUUUUUCAACUUCAUGCAGUGCUUUCACAUUGUUGUAGUAGACUUGUAAUUCUGGAGGGAAAUUAAUCCCAACUCGGAGGUAUGUAUCUUUCAUUUUGCACCUACAAAAAUCUACAGAAUAGCUAUAAUGAUGUUGGAUGUCACCUUUUCUUGAUAGUGGCUACUACUACAGGUUUUUUUAUGUUCUGAUCCAAGUGUAUUUCUAUAUUUAAGCUACUCUUCUGUUUUAAACUACUGUUCUUCUAUGCCACAUCAUGACCUGUUUUGACAUUCCGGAAGCUGACAGAACCAGCUUCCACUGAACUCCUGUUUAUAAAACAAAUAUGCAUACAAACAAUUCAACAUCAGUAACUGGCCAUGCUAGUUAUUUAGGAUUUUGACGUGUUUCUUAUGCUGCGUUAUCAGGUUGCAGGUGUAAUUUUUAAACUUUGUAUUCUUUCCUCCAACAAAUGGUUCUUAGGUAAUAUAGGUUCUCAGGCAUCACUUAAGAGACUUCUUAGAAUUUGGACAAGCAGAUAUCCAGAUACCAAAAUGGAUCCUAUGAACAUUUGGGAUGAUAUCAUUACAAAUCGGUAAAUAAAGGUUGAUCUUGAUUAUUUGUGAUUGCAUAUAUCUAUUAAACAUUCAGUCAUUUAAUAUGUUCCCAGUGAAAUUGUUCUUGCACUGUCUACAACUGUUUCUGUAAUUAAUCAUUUCUGUUGAUAGACAGUCAUGACAGUUCAAGGAUGGGUUUUGCAUGUUAUAUACCCACAACAUUCAGUUGUUUAUUUAAUGCAUAUUCCUUCUCUUCCAACUUUUCAUAUAGAAAAAGAAGAGUAAGGACUGAAAUGUCUUCUGUGGUUCCAGUUCUGUUUCUGUCAACGUUAUAUUAUUUUCCUUAUGUUUCUGCAGAUGUUUCUUUCUUGACAAAAUUGAGGAGAGACUUCCUAAAAUGAGUCUGGAAGACAGUAUAGAAGUGGAUGGAGAGGGAGAUGCUAGUUUCAAAAUGGAAGUGGACCAUGAGGAUGAAGAUAUACACUCACUGAUUAGAAACUGCAAAUUUACCAUGAAAAUGAAAAUGAUAGAGAGUGCCAGGAAACAGGUGCCUAUGUCCUGUUUAGCAGCCCUUAAUCCAUUAUAAAAAACAUUAAAAGUAGAUUUGGAUAAUGCAUGCUUCUAUUUCCCUUUUCUUACCUUCAUAUUGAAUAGAUUUGCCUUUCCUCCAUAUCCUUUGCUGUUUUUUACUGAUGUUUCUCUCCACACCCUCCCUUUGAAAUGUUAAUGCAGAACAGCUUCUCGGUAGCCAUGAAACUUCUGAAGGACCUGCAUGCAGAUUCUAAGACAAGAGAAGACUGGCUUGUGAGAUGGAACCACAGCUAUUGUCGCUUCAGCCACAGCCGAAGCCGAAGCCAGAGUAGCCCUGAACAAAUACUUACAGUACUCAAAACCACCUCCCUUCUAGGUAUGUGUUUCAUGAAGGGGUCUACUAUGCAUAAUGCAAUCGUGCUUGGUUAAGAGAGGAUCUUAACUGUGCUUUCUGCAUAUAUCAUAUUUGUAACAGAGUGUCGGUUUUACAAUGUUUGGUCCAACAGAUGAGGAUAAAUUGGGCAGCUUGAGCAGCAGUGCCUUAACCUACCGCAACCAAAACCACCUCCUGGGUACCACUUUCCACAUCAUGGCCAGUGCCCUUUGCAAGGAUCCAGGGUGUCUUGACCAAAUCGAGGAAGAGAAAGCUAAAAAGGUCUUAGUGCUUUCAGGAGAAAAACCUGAUAAUAUUGAAAAGGUAAGUUCUUUUUCUCUCAGAAUUGCUAAACAAGUGACUGAAGGUACAACUUGAUUUUCUUCUUUCUUGCCCUAAUCAAUUAGCUCAGAGGUUUUCAACCUUUUUGGGUCCACGGCUCCCUUGACCAACUACAUUCUUUCCGCGGCACGCCUGUAGGGCGCAGGAGCCCAGUUAUGUCACCCCUUGCCUGCAGAGCUGGCAGCCUCUCACGCUUUUUCAAACACCCUCCCUUGUGGAGUCUUCCCUCAGCCUCCUCUCCUCUCCCCUCUUCUUAGGAGUCCUCUGGGCAGCUGCAGCUGCCGCCUCUGGUCUCUGAGCUGCCUCCCUACCCCAGGAGCAUGGGAAGCACCCCCUGGCCAGCCCCAGAGGCACCAUUCAGCUGGGGAGCUUGUCACUAGAGCUGUUGCAACAAACAGCUGUGCAAGCCUUUAACAGGCAGAGAUGCAAGAGGGCAUCAGAGGAAUGGAGGGAAUGAAAGAGGAACAGAGGCCAGUCUUGCCGGCAGCACCCCUGACCAUCAUUCAAGGCACCCCAGGGUGCCACAGCACACUGGUUGAAAACCACUGGAUUAUAUCAUAUCUAUUAUAUAAUAAUAAAAUGUUAUAGUGAUUUCAGUGGAACUUACUAAUUCCAUGCCAUGAAAUCCUCUUACUGGUUUCUGGAUGGCACUCUCUGCACCAGUGAAUUUUAUGUUGCACUGGUUCAUCUUAAGGCUUCUGCCUCACCAUACCUGUAGCGGGAAUAGGCAGGGACUUGCAGGGAUGAUGUUUCUCCUGUGCUCUCCAUCUUCCUCCUCCUUGCUGUUCCUAGCAGUAGCCAGAUGCCAUUAAGAAUCUCACAAACGCAGCACAGUGGUUGCCAUCACAUCUUGUAGCAAUGAAUCUCCGUAAGUUAAUUUUUGCAUUGCAUGAAACGGUAUUUUCCAGUUGUACAUACUUUAAUUUCUAUCAACUGAUUUUAUUUACUGGCCCAAGUUCUAGGUGCUGGCAGCAGCAGGAGGGCACACUUCCACAGCCCAAGGUUUUUUGGGGGCGGGGGGGGUUUGAGGAAUGUGCUCUGGCCAUGAACAGUUCUGUAUCACACUUUUUAAGCUGUUCCUGCUUUCCUUCUUUGAACCUUUUCUUUCCUCCUUCCUCCAAUUUCUGUGCCUGUGCCUUAGUAUCUGUCUGCCUUAAAAGCACUUUGUAGUCUUGAUUUAAGAAAUCAUUUAUAAUCUUGUUGCCUUAACAUGCUUUUAUUUAGAUUCUAAAUUUAAGUGCCCACUUCUGUGACUCUUGAACUUGGUUCUGGGAUUUCUGAUUUGUUGUAAUUUCAGGUUAUAGCAGGUUUGAAUAAGAGGGCGUUCCAAUGCUUCAGCAAGGCUGCAAGGAAAGCUGAAGAAGAGGUACAGUCCAUCUCAUCUGAACACAUAGAUACAAAGGGUGUCAUAGAUGCUUAUAUGACAUUGGCUAAUUUCUGUGACAAUCAUCUCCGGAAGGAAGAAGAAAGCUCAGCAGGUGAGAUAAAAGAGGGGUUGUUCAUGCCAGUUAUGCAGCUAUGACAAAGAUAGAUUGGUGGGUGGAUAUAUAUUUAAGGCCACAGUGAUGCAUUCUUCUUGGACAGUUAAAUCUACCCCAGUUGAACGUUUUGAUAAUGAUGAGAGCUAGUAUAUCUAAUAUCAGGUUGGAUUUUAGUUUUCAUGUUUGUUCUGGUAAGGUACAUAUCAUCCCUUACCACAAUGAUCUGUUUUCCCUAACCAAAACUGAAGAAGUAAAAUCAACUCAUGGUGGUUUUACAUCAUCAGAAAAUAACACGUUAUUCACCUAUCAAUUCUAAAAUAUAGACACUUUUACUCUUGCAAGAUUGAAUGUAUUGCCCUCCGCUGUACUUGAGAGACGAUUCCAAACGAAAAAUGCUUAUGUCCCUGUGGAAAUGGCAGUACUGAAUCGGUGGCACAUGCCCUUCUGGCUUGCACUCUUUAUAAAGACUUGAGGAAUGAGGUUAUCACCCCUCUUUUAUUGUCCAUUCCGGGUCGCCCAGCCACUGCCACAGUGUCCUUUCUCUUGGCAGAUCAAGAUGAGCAGGUGAUAGCAAAGGUUGCAAGGUUUUGAUGCUGGGGCAAUUAGAAUAAGAUCUACUAUUUGACUACUGAUUCAAAACCCUAAAAUGUAUUUUAUAUAAUUGACUUUUUAUUUCUAUUCUUUGUAUAUCAUAUUGUUGUUUUAUUGCUAUGGCCGAUGGCUGAUGCAAAUAAAGAUUCAUUCAUUCAUUCACAUGCUAUUCAAUCUUAUAUAAAAAAAUUUAUUUGGAAUAUUUAUAAACCACUAAACAUUAUAAAAACCAUAGUGGUAUACAACAAUAAAACAAUACAACUAAAACAAGUAAAAACUGAUAAAAUAGUUAUUUAAAAAACAACAAUGAGAUACUGCCAAUUGAGUCCUGAGAUGGUUACAAAAACAACAGGUUACAAUUAAAGAAAUGGAUUUAGCAUGUACUGUGCUCCAAAGUGCUAGAUGCCCCCAAACCAUCAGUUUUGUAAACUUCAUUCUGGCCAACCAUCAAUAUUGAUGAGUCCCGAGGUUAUUGUCUCAUGGAGAGAAUGUUAUAAUACCCACAUAUGCAAAAUGCUUAGAGCAGUGAGCUGCAUUAUCACAGACUAAAUGUCUGAAAAAGGCCAAACAGAGUUAGCUGUUUGUUUUUAAAUAUAUAGGCUUUGACAAGGUACUUCGUUGAAAUACAGCUUUUCAUUGAACUUUGCAAACUAUGGCUUUCUGUUUGUCUUCUUGUGUCUUGUCAGAUAUAAAUGCUGUGGAUUUGCAGGCAUUUCCAGCCAUUGUGGUGGAGAAAGUCAUCAAAGCUCUAAAACUGAAUUCUGAAGAAGCCAGGUUGAAAUUUCCCAGGCUGUUGCAAAUUGUAGAAAAGUACCCAACAGAGACUUUGGGCCUCAUGGCACAAGAGGUGAGCCUUCCCUUCCCUGUGGGCAAACAAAAAUAUAAGGUUGGUUUUGAUAUGACAUAAAAUUAUUCAGGGUAGUAAAAAUAAGAAGGGAUUGCAAAGAGCUUUGAAAGGAUCUCUCCAAACUGGGUGAGUGGGCAGUAAAAUGGUGCAAAUGCAGUUCAGUGUAAGGAAGUGUAAAACUGCUUUAGCAGCUGAACACAAGAUUUACUUUUUUUAUUCCCAGUUUAGUUAAGAAUUCUUGUUUAUUUCUGUGUUAACGUUCUUGGAAAUGUGCUGUAAUGUGCUUUGGCAAAGUCAACACUUGAUGCAAUUUUGAUAUCAUCCAUGCACACUACCAGACGAAAGUUACAAGAGGGUAAAUGCUGCAUUUUAUUCUGUUGGCUCAGCUGAGAUGGGUAGAAGAAAUGUGUAUUGUUUGCUUUUCGCCACCUUCACAUACAUUACAUGUUUUUUAAACAGAUUUCCUCAGUACCCUGUUGGCAGUUCAUUGGCUGGAUCAGCCAGUUGAUGGCGAUGCUUGACAAGGAGGAAGCAAUUGCCGUACAACAUGCAGUGGAAGAAAUUGCCAACAACUACCCACAGGCCUUAGUGUAUCCUUUCAUGAUCAGCAGUGAGAGCUUCUCUUUCCAGGAAACUGUCAUGGGCCAUAGGAAUAAGGAGUUUGUAGCAAGGUGAGGAUGUUGAGCGAUACAUUUUUGGAAGCAAAUAAUCUUUAUUGCUGGUAACAAGAAAUUAUACAUUCCAAAAAGCACAUACAUCAGUCACAAGUUUACAGUAUAGUACAUUUUAAAUUGAAGCGUUGGAGGUAAGCAUUGUGUCUUAAGAAAUAUAGGCGUUUCCCUUUUCUGCACUUCCUUAGCUGUUAAAGAGUUCCAAUUUUGUAACAUACUUCUCAGCAAAAUUAAAAGUAACAACUGUUUUUAUUUUCCUCCUCUUCCGUUGGGUGGUGUCCAGUGCUUGCCUUCUACUGAGAGAAAGCCUGUUUGUGGAAUAGUAGAGGGAGGCAAUUUUCAGCGAUGCUUCUUUUCCCCUGCAGCCCCACACUUCCUUCAGUAUGUUCUGGAGAAUCCCUCCACCCUCUGGAGCAAAUUUUGAGAGGGAUAGGCGGCAAGGCAGAGCAGGAAUUGCUAUAAAUUGCUUCCUGCCCCUAUUCCACCAGUUGGUGUGUUUUCUGUCAGUAGAAGGAAAGCCUUGGAUACCACUUGGUCACUUAUUGUGACGCUUACUUCUGGUGCUUGUGCAGGAGGCAUCCAGCCCCACCUAAUUUGCCGAGGGAGCUGUUCUAAGUUAUUGCAGGCUAUAAAUUAGAUUCACAUGUUUUGUUUCAUGCUUGCUCAGAGGAGCAUGCUUGCUUUUGCUUCUCUUCUGCUUAGCAGCAGGUUGGAAAUGGGGAGGAACCUUGUCUAGCCAGUACAAGUCUGGAUCACAUAUCCUCACUGCCUAGGCUGGGGGGUGGGGGACAUUUAACCCAUUUUUACCUAAAUUAUCAGGAGGAUGCGGGUGGUGCUGUGGUCUAAACCACUGAGCCUAGGGCUUGCCGAUCAGAAGGUCGGCAGUUCGAAUCCCUGUGACGGGGUGAGCUCCUGUUGUUCAGUCCCAGUUCCUGCCCGCCUAGCAGUUCGAAAACACGUCAAAGUGCAAGUAGAUAAAUAGGUACUGCUCCAGCAGGAAGGUAAAUGGCGUUUCCGUGCACUGCUCUGGUUCGCCAGAAGUGGCUUAGUCAUGCUUGCCACAUGACCCAGAAAAACUGUCUGCAGACAAACGUUGGCUCCCUCAGCCAGUAAAGCGAGAUGAGCGCCACAACCCCAGAGUCAUUCAUGACUGGAGGGGUCCUUUUUACCUAAAUACCUCAAGCACACUCACCAUUAAGUGAUAAAUAAUUCUGUUUGAGUAUUGCAGUUUAAGAAAGCUUCUUUGGUGUUUUAUGGAGGAAUUGAGCUAUAUUAUCUAUUCACAAAGCAGAAGAGAAUGCUUCUGCGAUUAUAUUUCCUCUUCCCUUUGUGAUGAUUUAUUCUUUAUAGGUUGAAGACCAAAUUGGACAGAGGAGGAGUGGUGCAAGGUUUUGUCCAUGCCCUCGAGCAGCUGUCCAACCCUGCAAUGCUCUUCAAGGUACAAUGACUGAAUUCUUCAUACUGUGAGGGGAUGUGUGAUGUUUAAAUGCAUGCAUGUGCUUUUUGAGUGUUGAGGGCACACCUGAAUAACUAUCGAAGCAGCCCGGUUUCCAUUAGUAGCUGCUAUGUUUUAACUUUUGUCCUUUGGUUGGAUGCGAGACGUGGUAAAGUGGUGUUAUUCUGGAUUCACAGGAUUGGACCGACGAUGUUAGAAAUGAGCUGGGGAAAACUAAGAGGAGUAAAAAUAACAUCCAGGAGUUGUAUGAUGGAAUGUUCCAGAAUCUGGGAAAUUUACAGGCUCCAGGUCUCGGGUUGUACAGAAAGAAGUUCAUUCAGGCAUGUAUUAAUUAUAGCACCUUUGGUUGAAUGUUUUACAUGUAUAGCAGGAAAGUUAAAAUAUAAUAUGGAAAACCUGAAUUAAAUAAUUGCAUUUUAUUAUGGCCCUGAACAUGCCCUGCACAUCUGUAUAGACUUCAGAAAUGGAUGUUGUAGUUAAGUGUAUUAUUUACCACCACAGUCCUUGACCCUUUGUGUCAUGGAACAUUAGCAAAAAUUAAAACAGUUCGAAAGGAGUGCAAUCUGUGGUUCGUAAGAUCAGGAAUAUGAUUUCCAGUUCUAGCCCAAGUAUCGCCACUGGUACUUUUGUUCUACUACGGAGAUGUAACUGGUACUACUGAGUGGAGAGGAGUUGUCCUUCAUCUGCAUUCACAACUUCUGUAGGUUUUCUGGGUUUAUCCAUAGGAACAGCUGAGGCAUAUGUAAGUCAGUGCUGACCAGAGCUUAGUAAGAAUUGUGGUUCUACCAAUUUGAGAUACUAGUAGCUGGCUGCUAUGUUAUAGGCAUUGCAUAGGAGUAUGUCAAACACCUGCCUGUGAUAGGGUGCAAGAGAAAUUUAAUAAGUUCUGGCAUUUCACCAAGUGGUAUUUCCUCCUCAUUCAGCUAUAUCAAGUGAUAAACUAGUUUAAGUACUUUGGCUGUUAACAAGAAUGAAAAAUUAUUGUGUGAUUAAAUUUCUGCUUCAGAAAUUUGGGAAGGAAUUUGACAAACACUUUGGAAAAGGAGGUUCCAAGCUGCUAAAUAUGACAGACAGGGACUUCAACAGUAUUGUGGAGCCUCUUUUAUUAAAGAUGAGAGAUUGUCAAAAAGAACCUGGAAAUCUGAAGGAGUGCUCAACUUGGAUGAGUGACUUCAAACCAGAAUUCUUGAGGACUGAGCUGGAAGUUCCUGGUAAGCUAUGGUUUCAGUUGGUAAUCUGGAGAAUAUUCUUCCAUUGCUAAAUGAAAUAAUGGUUAUUAAAGUUCAUUUUUGUUUAAUACACUGCAUAGUUAAGACCUCCAGAGUGACUGACUGACUAUCUAUUCUUAAAAGUAGAUAAACUUUUAUUCUUUGGCAGAUACUUUCUGACCAUUAUGACAUCUUCUAAGCAACUUUUGCAGGAUGUAACAUUUAUUUAGGAGUUCCGUCCAAAUGUAUUACCAAAAUCUAAUAGCUCACGUUAAAAUAAACACAUACCGUAUUUUUCGCUCUAUAGGACGCACCUUGUUUUAGAGGGGGAGAACAAGAAAAAAAAUUCUCCCCUUCUCUGCUCAGCGCCCCUUCAGCGAAACGGCAGGAGAAACGGAGCCCCUUCCAUUUCUCCUCCCGCUUCGCAGAAGGGGCGCUGCGCAGCGCUCUCUCUCUGCUGAAGCCAGGAGAGUCUUGCUCUCCUGGCUUCAGCAAAAGGAACCCGAAGCCUCCAGAGCGCAGCGCGAGUUCCCGCUGUGCUCCAGAGGCUUCACGUUCCUUUCGCUGAAGCCAGGGGAGUCUAUCCCUGAAGCCUGGAGCAAUGCGAAGCCUCCGAAGCGCGGAGGGAGCGCUCCCUCCACGCUUCGGAGGCUUCGCGUUGCUCUCACUGACACCAAGGAGCCUGCAUUCGCUCCAUAGGACGCACACACAUUUCCCCUUAAUUUUUGGAGGGGAAAAAGUGUGUCCUAUAGAGUGAAAAAUACGGUACCAAUUGCAAUGAAUGAUUGUGGUUGGAAUUUAUUUUAAAACCUGUAGUAGAUCUAAGAGCCACAAAGUUAAUGUCUUGCUGGUGACACGUCUGAAGCACAGAAUAUGUGGGCUCCUGUGCAAGACACUUUUGCUCCUUAUUUGCCACUGUUCAGGACCAAGUGGCACCAUGUAUCCUUAGCAGCCACAGUCUUUUCUAAAAGAAAGGAAACUGAGCUGGGGGUUGUUCCCUGAAACCAGUCUUUGUCCUGCCUCCUCUGAGUCUGACAUGGUUAGCAAGGCUGAUAACCAGCAACUUAUUUUGAGGGCAGUUUUGCUGUCAUGAUCAGGAUUGUUAGAAUAAUGUUGGGAGCACACCCAGCACAAACAAGAUCAUGAGAAGAGUCUCUUAGCCACAGGAAUUUUCUGCCAGUAUAAUGUUUCUACCUUACUCAGCAAUUGUGGAUAGGGUGGAGGGCAUGCUGACCAGGACAGGAGGUCAAGCAACAGAUCUUUGCUUUUUUAAAUCCUUCCCUCAGUUGGAGCCAGUGGGGGAAAAUUAACCAUGCCUAGCACAGCCCAGGGCCUCUUAAAGGGGCCUUGCAUCUAAGACUUCCUGUAACCUGGCUCCAGAAUGCCCCAUUCUGCAGGAUACAGAUGUCAAAAACACCACCAGCAGUAGCUUUACAUCCAUGGAACUCUCUGCAGCUGAUUUCCCCCCCUCUCAGUGGUAAAGGGGCACUUUCUCUGCAUCCAAAUCCCACCCCCCUUCAUCCACUGGAUCAGUAGGCUAGGAAUGCACUGUUAAUCAUAUAAAUGUUUUGAAAGCUCCAUUAAAGCAUUACAUUUUAUUUAUUCAGGUCAAUAUGAUGGUAAAGGAAAACCAUUGCCAGAAUAUCAUGCACAAAUUUCUGGAUUUGAUGAGAGGGUAUGUUACUAUAUUAAUGUGCAUAUUUUUUCAUGUGUCUAUUGAAAGGUAAAGGUGCACUUACCGAUAUAUUAGUAAGUGUGCAUUGUGCAUAUAAACAGAUAUAAAAUUUCACCAGAUGUGGGUGAUAUCUAUAGUAACUUUUUUCUGCAUUCUCACACUGCAGAGAGAUGCAGAUGGACUUUCUCCUAUAACAUAGUUUGUAUAUUGCAAUGUUUUCUCACCCUUUCUUGAGUGAAAACCUUUCUCCACCCCAUUUUGUCUAAGAUAAAAGUUAUGGAGUCCAUCCGGAAACCAAAGCGUAUAAUUAUCAGAGGUAGCGAUGAGCGGGAAUAUCCCUUUCUUGUGAAAGGAGGAGAGGAUCUCCGGCAAGACCAGCGCAUUGAGCAGCUCUUUGAUGUUAUGAACACCAUCCUUUCAAGAGAUGCUGCCUGCAGCCAAAGAAACAUGAAAUUAAAAACUUACCACGUUAUACCAAUGACUACCAGGUAGGCGCUUCCUGACCUCCUUCCAAUAUAGUAUAUGUGCUCCAGUCUUCGUUGCAUGAAUUAGGAGGAGAAAUGUCUUUACAGCAGGCCCACCAUAUAAGGAAAACCUUGGAACAUCUUUUGUAGGGUUGCUCAACACCAUUAAUUACAAACUGGCAAUUUUUCGGCAAACCUUUGCUGUGUUGCUUGUUUAACUGCAAAGUUUACUGUGUCUUCCUGUGAACUCAUAAUUUUAAACGUGUGAGAUAUCCUGAAGAGCAGGCUGUGCAUCUUUGCACUACCCAACCAUCUUCCUUGGCCAUUUCCUAUGCAUUGCUUGUCUGAGCCUAUAGAACAUAGGGAAGAUUUAUCUAUAGAGAAACAGUAACAACCAGGUAAAUCCAUGCAUCACAGCAAGAAAGGAAGAAGCAGCAUUAGACGCUUAUCAUAAUGUUUAGCUGGUGCUUUAUAAUGGUAAAGGGACCCCUGACCAUUAGGUCCAGUCAUAACCGACUCUGGGGUUGCGGCGCUCAUCUCGCUUUAUUGGCCGAGGGAGCCAGCGUACAGCUUCCAGGUCAUGUGGCCAGCAUGACAAAGCCACUUCUAGCGAACCAGAGCAGCACACGGAAACUCCGUUUACCUUCCUGCCUGAGCGGUACCUAUUUAUCUACUUGCACUUUGAUGUGCUUUCGAACUGCUGGGUUGGCAGGAGCAGGGACCGAGCAACGGGGGCUCACCCCGUCACGGGGAUUUGUACCGCCGACCUUCUGAUCGGCAAGCCCUAGGCUCUGUGGUUUAACCCACAGCGCCACCCGUGUCCCUCUGUGGUGCUUUAUACCCCCUUAUAAAUGGAUGCAUAUAAUUUGCUUGAGUGAAGCAGAUUUUUUUUUCAAACUUUACCUCUUGCUUACCUUUUUAAUUCUUGUGUGAAUGACAUUUUAAUACACUUUAAGUAGUGAAGCUAAAAAGAAGCGAAAAAAGUGUCUACUAGUUUGCAUCCUCUACAUUUUUUACCCCUUUAUUAAAUAAUAAUUUUCUGUGUUUGUUGUUACCUUGGCUAUAUUUUCUUUCAGACUAGGGCUGAUUGAGUGGCUUGAGAAUACCUGCACUUUAAAGGAGUUCCUUCUGAAGAACAUGUCUGAACAGGAAAAAAAUGAUUAUAACAGGUAAUGAAGGUGCAUAAAUCUGUUUCUUAGAUGUUAAUGGCAUUCUUUGGAGAUAGGUGAAGUAUUGUGAGAAUAAUAUCCAUAGGAACAAUUGGCAUUAAUCAUCAGAAGUCAAAGUACUUCCUAUCUUAGAUUAAUAAUUGGCAGCUAUUUGUUUUAACGGGUAACACUUCACCUCUGACCUACAUUUUCUGUCUGCUUCUUUAAACAAAGAGCAUGUAUCACCCGUGGCUUCUUCAUCAUUUUCUUAUCAACAGAUUGCUUUUUACAAGCAAAGGAUUUUUUUAAAAUGUUAGUUUGAAUUAGGAAGUGAACUUCAGUCAGAAUGGAGAGUAGUAUAAAUGCAUGUUCAGCAUUGAAAUCAAUGGAAAUGGAUUAUAAUUCCUGUGAUGGAGAAUAAGGAGAAUCUGGAGAGCCACAACUCUUAACUUGUCAUUGUGACCAGAAACCAUAUCCAAAGCCUGUUCUGAUCUUGGGACUAACUUGUACUCACAUGAGCAAACCCUAUAAUGUUGAAAACAAACCAGUAAGUGUAGUGACAGGCAGUGACUUCAGAGGGGGAAUUGUGGCUGUUUUAUUCUUCCUCUGUCCUGCUGUUGCUACGCUGCUCCAGAACUAAACCAUGGUUUGGCUUAACAUUAUGUGUGCACCCAGGCUUGUGGUUUGUCUUCUCCAAACAAAUCAUGAGCUGUCAAAUCAAGAACAAGCUUUGGUUUUUACAGAUCAUGGUUUGUUGAGAGUGAGACAAACCACAGUUUAGCUCUAGAUAGUGCAAUAGCAGUAAAAAUGGGAGAAGAUGAAAGUUUAUCUUUGUGUGAACACUAGAUUCUAGAAGUGAACUUUGCCUUGGAAGCAGAACAUGUUUCGCUUCCUGUUGAGUGUGUUUCAUUUGUAAAAUUGAGUCCCCUGCUGGUAUGGGAAAGCAGUUUAAGAAUGUUUUGGUUUAAGAAUGGACUUCCGGAACAGAUUAAGUUCAUAAACCAAAGUACCACUGUGUUGAAAUUAAGGAGCAUAGUUAAGUUAGUUCCAUUAUAUUUCAGUGAGUCUGCUCUGAGUACGUGAGUUAAAUACCACUCAGUAUUCAAAGAGAAUAGUGAUAAACAUAACAAUCAUGUAGAAAGUACUAAUAUUCAGAAACUAUUUCUUAGCUAGUGAAGCAAAUUAUAAGUUAUUCUUUACAAGUUUACACUUUUAAGGAGGUAGUUGUGGAAUGAAUUGAAUUAACAGUGCUUUAAAUGUAUUGUGCCUCCUUUGGAGUGUUUUUCACUGAGGAAGAACUUUCCAGUGUGUUCAAUGCUGAAGAAUCGGUUCAUAAAGCUGUAGUAGCUGUAUGUUACUUGGAAGAAGACAGAAGGAAAUGACAAAGCUUGCUUAAUGUGGUCACGAAUGUGUUCUGCAAGUCAGGAACUUGUGUAAUACUAGUGUGCCUAUUGAAAUAGAAAUUUGCUAUAAACAAACAUUAAGGACAAAAUAUAGUAGACUCAGUACUUCCUAGGAGCUUGUUCUUGAAUGAUGCUUGGAAACAGCAUCUCCCUAAGUUCAUUUUCAGAAAUGGUUUGAUUCAUUAAUUGCUCUUUAACAGCACAGUACCCCAAUGCUUGUGGUGUUCCUUUCAGGUAAUAUAGAAGUAAAUUACUUGCUUUCCCCCCUUUUUAUUCAGCUACAAGGGUCCUCGUGCUGAUUAUACUGACUGGCUGUCCAAGAUGGCAGAGAAGAAUACAAGCCCUGUUGCACGCUACACAUACAUGUACAAGUGAGUCUUAGAAAUAAUUGUUACCCAUUUAUCUCUCAGUGGCUUGUGAUAUCAUCAACCAUGCUAUUCUUCAACAGCUGUCCAAGUCAGGGGUGGGUGGCACCAGUUCCACCAAUUCUAUGAUGUGAGGCCCUUCAUUUGCCUCCUCCACGAGAGGUCUGGAGGGUGGCAACACUAGAGCAAGCCUUUUCUGCAGUGGCUUCCUGCUUGUGGAAUGCUCUCCCCAGGGAGGGUUGCCUGGCCCCUUUGUUACAUAUCUUUAGCUACCAGGCAAAAACCUUCUUCUUCUUCCCCUUUGGCCAACUAAACAAUCCAUGGCCUUUUAAACUGUGUGUGGGUGGAUUAUUUUGUUUCUGUUUGUCACAAAGUUUUGUAUUUUUGUGCUUUUAUAUUGUAACCCCACCCUAUGUUCCUUGGAUAAGGGUGGUAUAGAAAUUCGAAAUUAUGGUGAUCAUUAAGUUUCUUCCCUUACUAAUGUGGCAGAGAGAUUCCGAUUGUGCUGCUGGCUACUGACUCAUGUCCACAGAAAAACUGGGAGUUACAAACCCACUUCUUCCUUUUUUUUAAAAAAAAAUUCUGCAGUGAUUGCAUGCACAUACUGGUGCCCCUUCCCCAUUCCUGCAUUGGCUUGAAGAAGCCAGUUCUUACAGAAAACAUUUCUCAGGGCACCAACGCUAAAGGGCAAUAUCAAAUGGUGUUGACCUGCUUGCAUAACAUAUCGGCUUGCACAAACAGGAAAUUCCUUUCUGCAGUCUCCCUCCACCCAACCAACCUACUCUAGAGGUUGUGGAACCCACCAAAGCAGGUGGACAUGCAGCUCUGCCAGGUCUGCUGCUACCAUGCCGUGCCCACCAUCUCUGCUUGGGAAUAUAAGAGAGCAUAUGGCCGGUCCAAAAUGUUCAAUUCAACCUAAGGGGGUGGGGAAACAGUUGUCUCUGCUUGAUUCCCAUUUUCUAAUUAUGUGGUUAUAAUUGUCAUUGCUUUGCUCACUUCUAGGAGAGCUGAUCGUAAAGAAACAGUGAUGUCUUUCCAUCGCCGAGAGAACCGUGUUCCUGAAGACCUGUUAAGGUGUGUUCUUGUGUAAUAUGGGUUUCAAAAUAGUACCGAGGAUUAAUGUUGCUGAAUGAAGGGUUGCUUCCAGUAAUCCUCAUAUGGCCUCCUCAUUUUUCCACAUGCAGGCUGCUGGCCCGCAAUUCCUAUUAGAAACAAAACAAAACACCAACCCUCUCUUUGGGCCCUUCAAACUUCAGCCUGUGCCACACUGAUAAUCAUCUAGCCCCUUCUCCAGUUUCCGAUUAUUAGCAUGUGGGUGGAACAGUGAGGAAGAUGGGCAGCUCUUUGUUCUGAAUUCAUAAUGUUUCCCCUUCUUAGAAACAGCUGAAGCCAAUCUUAAUAUGUAUAAAUAUAUUGCUUUUCUUAAGGAGGGCCUUUGUUAAGAUGAGUACAACACCGGAGGCCUUGCUAUCUCUGCGAUCCCAUUUCGCCAGCUCCCAUGCGUUGAUGUGCAUCAGCCACUGGAUUCUUGGUAUUGGAGACAGACACUUAUCCAACUUCAUGAUCAGCAUGGAGACAGGUGGCAUGGUGGGAAUAGACUUUGGACAUGCGUUCGGUUCUGCCACACAGGUAUUCUCCUUUUCAAACUGUUUUUUUUAAAUAUUAAAUUGAAUUGAAUGCUAAUAGGUCAGGGCGACUGUAAAGAUUCAGAAUCGCUCUUGCUUCCUCUUUGGGAUAUUUGUUUAUUUUGCUUGUUAGUCAGAUGGAGCAGGAUCUUGCAUGAUACUGCCUGUCCCCCCGCCCCACUUUUUGAACCUUGCACACUACUUAAUGACACUUUCUGUUUUUCUUCAAAGUCUUUAUUAGGCGUUACAGAUAUAGACCAUCUUAAAACAUCCCUAUGCAAAAUUUUAAAAAUAUAUACAAAGCAGCAGCCACAGAAGAUAUAUAGUAAUAGAUCUUGAGUGUCUUCCUGUUAAAUCAUGCCAUUCAUCACUCUAAGAGUUACUGUUGACAGAAACUCAGCCACCCUUGCACCUCCAGGUUAAUAUCAGACAGGUAGAAUCUGAUAUUUUCAUUGUGCCAUGAUGUUAAAUAUGUAUUUUCCCUCUUUUUGGAUAGUUUAAGUACAACCGUACUGGUUGUACAGUGGACAGUAGAAAAGAAUAUGUUCUACAUCCGCAAUGUCUAUCAUUUCUAGGGAUGUUUAAAUAUCUGCCCUUAACAAAGGCUAAGGGGAAAACAUUAAUUGGGCUAACAUAAAUGCACUGUGUUGGGUUGGAACUACCAUAUUUUUCGCUCCAUAGGACGCACUUUUUCCCUCUUAAAAGCUAAGGGGAAAAGUUUGUGCGUCCUAUGGAGCGAAUGCAGGGGGGAGGCAGGCAGUAAAAGCCCCCAAGAGCCGCACACAAGCUUCGCGCGGCUCUUGCGGGCUUUUCCCCAGGAGGGAGAAGGGACCGCCACUCCCCAACCUGUUCUGGGGAUGGGGGAAGCUCGGGCUUCCCCCACCCCCAGGUCCGGGAGCGGAGGCAAGGCUGCCUGAAACCCCCAGAGCUCAGCGGCAGUUCGCACUGCACUCCGGGGUUUUCAGGCAGCUAUCCGCAAGCCUUCGGAGAGCAGCGGGAGUUCUCGCUGUGCUCAGAAGGCUCACGGAUAGCCGCCUGAAGCCUGGAGACUGGGAGGGGUCGGUGCACACCGAUCCCUCUUGCUCUCCAGGCUUCGCUUUGCUAGAGAGGCGCUGCGCAGUUUCCCCACUCUGCGCAGCGCCCCUUCAGCGAAGCGGGAGGAGAAAUGGAAGGGGCUCCAUUUCUCCUGCCGCUUUGCUGAAGGGGCACUGAGCAGAGAGGGGGAGAAUAUUUUGUUUCCUGUUCUCCCCCUCCUAUGGUCAGGUGUGUCCUAUAGAGCGAAAAAUACGGUAUUAGCUUUGAGAUAUACCGUAUUUUUCGCUCUAUAGGGCGCACCUAGUUUUCAGAAAGGGAAAUCAAGGAAAGAAAUAUGAUCCCCCCCCCCCCCAGCUCUGGGAGAAGCGGACAGGCUGCACGCAGCCUGUGUGCUUCUCCCAGACCUUCUCCCUGCUAUUCCCCCUCCCCCCGCACGCGACUCCUGCGGGCUUUUCGACCAGGAGGGAGAAGGGACUAACGCAGGCAGUCGGUCCCUUCUCGCUCCUUGGGGAAAAGCCCCCAAGAGCGGCACGCCCUUUAAAGGCUGCGCGGCUCCUGCGGGCUUUUCUACGAGGUGGGGGAAUUCCCCCACCUCAUAGAAAUGCCCGCAGAAGCCGUGCACCCUUUAAAGAGUGCACGGCUCCUGCGGGCUUUUCAACCCAGCUUGUGGGGCUGGCACUGGGCGGAAGCGCUGCUUUCCCCCACCGCCAACCUCAAAGACCAGACUCUCCUGGCUUCAGUGAAAGCAACGCGAAGCCUCCGGAGCGCAGGCUUCGGAGGCUUAGCGUUGCUAUAGCUGAAGCCAAGGAGCCUGCAUUCGCUCCAUAGGACGCACACACAUUUCCCCUUAAUUUUUGAAGGGGAAAAAGUGUGUCCUAUAGAGCGAAAAAUACAGUAAGUGAUCCUGUUAUUGGUUGUAUUUAUCCCAUAGAACUUGGGGGAGCAGAUUUUCUUUACAGCUGACUCAAUGUUUUGUUUUUCAAUAUCCCUUAAUCUAAUUUAGAUAUUAUAAAUAUAUAGUUCACUAGAAUUAUACAUUAAUUUCAAGUUUGUUGAUCUUAAUACAGAAUUUUAUUGUAACAUCUGCCAAAUAAAACUCAAUAUCAAAGAUUACCUCUCCUCAGAUAUCCCUAGCACGAAAGAUGUAAAACAAGGUUGUAUUCCUGCCCCUUUCCUCUUUAUUUUUAUCAGAUCUUCCAUAGCACAUCCAAAAAACAGAAUCACAUCCCCCCCCCCCAAAUUAACCAAAACCCAGGCCCACAUUUACUGUAUGUGGAUGAAGUGACCUUAUUAUCACUGAUGAGGAUAGGUUUGAAUUGUCUUUUUCUUCAGUGUAAUAUUUUAAAAGUAUGCAUACUCACCUGGAACAUUCAGGGAAUAGUCCAGCCAUUUUUAAGCAAGAGCUUGUUGUCAUAGCAGAAGACUGGAAAAAUCAAAACAUGGUAUUCAACUAAGUUUUAUUCAAGGAAGACCCACUGAAGUUAAUGGCCCUAACUCCCCCCCCCCCAUGUUGAAGCAUGACAAUCUUUUUAAAACAAAAAACAAACAAAACCACCUCUAUCACUAUAAUACAGUAUUAGUAAAACCAAGAUGGUGAGGAUCUGGGUCUCCAAUUUAUGGUGGCUACAGAAUGGAUCACCUUAAAUUGUUGAGUAAAAAGGCAGAAAGGAGAGCAAGAUUUACAUGGGCCAAAAACAGAGAUGGCAAGCUGAAAGCUGCUGUAAGCUCCCUGAAGAAAAGGCAAGAUAAACAUAUACUGGUUUCAUUAAAACAAUUUCCCUUAAAUAUUAUACUGAAUACUGCCUCUCCAUAAAUGACCUGUAUGAAAGAAUUAUGAAUCCUGGUGUAUGAAGGAAAAGAGCAAUUGUUAGUGCUUGAAAAAUUCAUAAAUACAUAAACUUUUGAUUUUUCUUGUAUGCAGUUUCUGCCAGUGCCAGAGUUGAUGCCUUUCCGUUUGACUCGCCAGUUCAUUAAUUUGAUGUUGCCCAUGAAGGAAUCGGGUCUUCUUUACAAUGUGAUGGUGCAUUCCUUAAGAGCCUACCGUGCAGAUCAAGAUUUUCUCAUUAAUACUAUGGAUGUGUUUGUGAAGGAGCCUUCCUUAGAUUGGAAAGUAGGUUCUUUUUUUCAUCCUGGUUUGUCUAAACAAAGUGAAGAGGAAUGGUUAUGUGACUGCUGUAAGGUAGGGGGUAGCCGUUGUCGUGACCACCAGACAUAGUUGGACUACAACUCCCAUCAUUCUGGGCUACAGCCCAUGCUAGCUGGGGCUGAUGGGAACUAGAGUCCGGCAACAUUGGCUACCUCUGCUGUAAGGAAAAGAGUGAUUUGUAAAACUUCCUAUUUGGUACACAGUGAUAUAGUUGCAGUUUCCCAAUGUUAGGUUGCAUUGUUGUGUUUGUGGCAGGGAAGGCUUGCCACAAACAGUGCAUAUGCCAGGAGGAUUGAGAUGGGAAAGAGAGGAAAGAAAAUAUGGGUGGGAAUACCAUUCUUGAGAGCAGCGAUUUAGGGAGGGAGGAGUCAGAUAAUGGAGGGAGGAAGAAAGAAAGAUCUGGCUUAGAAGAGGUAGGGGAUGGUUUGAGAAGUGAGUUGUUGAUCAACAGAGACAGAAUGUAACGAAGAAUGCCCCACAGUCUAUUGAUUUGAGGUAGGUCAGGGGGACAAUUACCGUAUUUUUUGCUCUAUAGUUUGGCGGGGAGGAAACAAGAAAAAAUAAAAUCUGAAUCCCAGAAGCCAUAACAUCAAGAGGGAUCUGGCUUCUGGGAUAGCCUCUUGCUGUUCUGGCUUCUGGGAUAGCCGCUGGGGUAGCUGGUCUAGCAUUGCGUGAAUCCUCCGCAGGGCACGGGGAGCCUUCAUCCCCAUGCCCUGCGGAGGCUUCUGGGACAGCCCAGAAGGCACCCCGCUGCCCUGUGGAGGCUUUGCGCAGCUAACCCCGAAGCCUUUGGAACGCAGCGCAAGGUCCCGCUGCGCUCCAAAGGCUUCAGGCGGCUAUCCCUGAAGCCUGGAGAGCGAGAGGGGGUCGGUGCUCCGGGCUUCAGCAAAAGCAACGCAUAGCCUCCGUAGUGCUUUGGAGGCUUCGCGUUGCUUUCGCUGAAGCCAAGGAGCCUGCAUUCGCUCCACAGGAUGCACACACAUUUCCCCUUAAUUUUUGGAGGUGAAAAAGUGCAUCCUAUAGAGCGAAAAAUAUGGUACAUGCUUAAGUAUUAGCCAAAACGUUGGAUGAAAAUUCAUGUUUUUAAGGGAUUCGUUACACAAAGUAGUUUGUAGCACAUUAGUCAUUUUUAGAAAACACUUCAUUUAAGAGUGUGCAGCCUUCCAAUACCACCUUAGUACUGCCGGAACUCAUGAAGUUAGUUCUCAUUCCAUGCCAGCCUGAUAAAGUAAGAAAUCCAGGCACUCACCCACAGUUCCUUUUGACAGCAGCAGCAUCUUUACCAUAAUCUGGAACAAAGCUAACAUGGGAAGGAGCCACCCCAUAAGGACUACUCCCAUACAUCCAUGACCUACUAUAGCAGCAUGGCAAGGGCACACACUGCAGGGUUCCCACUGUGAACAAUCAAAAGGCCUUCAGAAGGGAGGAAUUGCAUGACAGUCCUUUGAAGGAGCUUAUAACAAAAUUUUAAAAUAAGAUCGACUACUAUAGUUAUCUUUACAUCAUUACUCGUCCAGUCAGUUAUUAGAAAAGUGUGCACUUUCUGUAUUGAAAAUCUAAGCAAUACUAAAGAACCAUAAUGCCAUUUUCCUAUCAUUUUUACCAUAUUCAUGCCCCCUCAAAUAUCUAAAUAUCAGGCAUGUCUGUCAUGCCUUGUACUUAAUAUCAUGCCUUAUGCUGUGAUGUAUACUGUGAAGACUGCAGUAUUGUUUUUCAUGAUUGGCUAUGUGCCAUUUCUUUCCAGAAUUUUGAAUUGAAGCAGCUGAAAAAAGGAGGCACAUGGACUAAGGAAAUAAACACAGAGGAGAUUAAUUGGUACCCCAUUCAAAAAGUAAAUUUUGCAAGAAGAAAAUUAGCAGGUGCUAAUCCAGCAGUGAUUACCAGGUAUAUGUUUCUCUCAAGCGCUUUGAAAUGUUCAGCGUGUCGAUUUGCUUUCCUAAAUGAGGCUGUGUGCAAGCACAGAACUCAUAAAGUGUGUGAUUGAAUAGAAACAAAAAUGAAUAAUUGCUGGGGACCUGCAGUAAUUAUCUAGGUAAAUUUGGAAGUUGAGCACCUUGGUGCAUUUGCAGAAAGGAAGCCCACAUUUUAAAAAUUAAAAAAUAAAGCAUACUUAGCAAGCAGGGUCAACGCUGCAGCCCCAUUGUCUGAAGGCAGGGCUGCCAGAAGCCAGGCUUCUUUAAAAACAACAACGGAUAAACCAGAAGUUGAACAAUAAAUACUGAGUAAGGGAAAAGCUGACCUGUGCAUACAGCUCUUGAGCUAAAGAGAGAGAGAAAUACCAUAUUGGCCCAAAUAUAAGCCACACCUUCAAAAUUCAAGGGAGGGUGAGACAAUACCCAAAUACUGUGGUAAAUCUGGUUAUGAACUUACCGUAUUUUUCGCUCUAUAGGACGCACUUUUUUCCCUUCAAAAAUGAAGGGAAAAUGUGUGUGCGUCCUAUGGAGCGAAGACGCCAUAGCCCCACGACCCUCUCCCGGCUGGAGAGGUGACGCGCGGCUAUGGCAGGAGCCUCUACAGCCCCGCGUCACCUCUCCAGCCAGGAGAGCGCGCGCGGGCUAAGAAGCACCCGCGACCCUCUCCCGGCUGGAGAGGUGACGCGCGGCUAUUGAGGCUCUUGCCAUAGCCGCCCGUCACCUUCCAGCCGGGAGAGCACGCGCGGGCUGCUGGAGAGGUGAUGGGCGGCUCUAGAAGCUCCUGCCAUAGCCGCCCGUCACCUCUCCAGCCGGGAGAGGGUCGCGGGGGGCUGCUUUAGCCCCGCGAGUGUUCUCCCGGCUGGAGAGGUGACGCGCGGCUAUGGCAGGAGCCUCUCCGCUGCGCCUUUCCGCUGCUCCCUGACCUGCUCUUUGGGGCUGGUGGUGGGCUUCCCCCCGCCAGCCCCAAAGAGCUGGUCUAAUGUAACCUGAAGCCGGGAGAGCGUGUGGGGUCUGUGCACCCCGCCCCCUCUCGCUCUCCAGGCUUCCAAGGUAGCCGCCUGAACGCACCUUAAACAGCACCUUGUUUUAGAGCGGGAAAACAAGAGGGGGAAAGUUCUCCCCCGCUCUGCACAGCGCCUCCUGCCACUUCGCUGAAGGGGCGCUGGGCAGAGAGGGGGAGAAUUUUUUUUUCUUGUUCUCCCCCCUCUAAAACAAAGUGCGUCCUAUUGUCCGGUGCGUCCUAUGGUGCGAAAAAUACGGUAAUUCGUUCUGGAGGUCCGUUCUUAACCUGAAACCGUUCUUAACCUGAUGUACCACUUUAGCUAAUGGGGCAUCCCACCGCCACCGCGUGAUUUCUGCUCUCAUCCUGGGGCAAUUUCUUAACCCGAGGUACUACUUCCAGGUUAGCGGAGUCUGUAACCUGAAGUGUUUGUAAGCUGAGGUACCACUGUAAAAGCCGCUCCCUUAAAAUUCCGUAAACACUCACACCCAUUCCAUUUUACCGUAUGUCUGUUUCAGUAGCGAUAUCGUAAAAGCCAAUUUUUGUAAGGUCACGAAUUUAAACCACACUUUAACUUUUCACCGUCAGAAUUUGGGGGACAAGUGAGGCUUAUAUUCAGGCCAAUACGGUAUUGCAUCUGAAUAGGGAAACUUGGGUACACUGCUUGAUUUUAAUAUCAGUGAUUUAAUAUCAUUUUUUAAAGCGAUGAAUUACGGCUGGGCCAUGAGAAAUCAGCUGCCUACAGGGAUUAUGUUUCUGUGGCACGAGGAAGUAAAGAAUAUAACAUACGAGCCAGAGAACCAGAGGAUGGACUUUCAGAAGAAACACAGGUGAAGUGCCUUAUAGACCAAGCCAGAGAUCCAAAUGUCCUUGGCAGAGUUUGGGAAGGAUGGGAGCCCUGGAUGUGAAAAACUGAAUCCUCAUCAGUGCCUGUCUGCUAAGAUUACCAGAAUAUUUCAGUUUAUCUUGGAAGUGAAGACUGAUCCAACUGUGUACUUAGUAACAAAGAAGAUGGUAUUUAAUGCACGUGAGUCGAAGUUGUGACAUAGCAGAAGAAUUUCAAUGAUAUAUGCUGACAAUUUGUUAAUGUCACAUUGUUUGAGGUAUUAAAUUAGGGAAACUUAAAUCAUUAUGUUUACAGCUCAGUAAUUACACAUUUAAUUGCUGUUGCUAAUGAAGGAAAAUAAAAAAACAAACACUGCCUCCCCAAAACUUAGGAAAAGCCAAAAGAAAAACUAAAGUUGUGACUUUGCUAUAGACAGAAGAGGAAUCACAAUCUUACAUUCUCUAGUGAUUUGCUAUUGAUGUAAGUAGGCGACUUGCACAAUUAUUUGUGUUAAUUAGUGCAACUUUGUCUGCACCAGAUGUGUGGUUCUAUAACAGCUAACCUUAAGCUGACAUUUGAAUAUGUGAUACCCCAAAUAAGCAGCAGUAGUCAUGCCAGUAGUCCUUAGGCAAUAAAGAACUAUCAACAAAUUCGGUAUCUCAUGAAGAUGUUUUCUUUCUGUUGCCAAUUUGGCUGUAAUUCUAAUAAUGAAACAGGCAAAGUUACAACUUCUAUUGCUCCCAAACUUGGAGAGGGGCAAACUCUGCUUUUGGAAGAUUAGGGAAUAUUUGAUACUGAGGCAUGUUGGUAAAAUGUUACUAAACGAAGUCUUCUGUUUACUCUCUCAUGACUUCUGUGCAUUGUGAAGCACAGCAAAAAAACAUUUCUCUCUUAAAAGAUAUACAUUUACUUGGUUUUGCACUGAGGUUUUCUUCAAUAGUUCAUUAUCAAAGGAAAAGCAAGGUGAAAACCUUGGAACAAAUAUUCUGUGAUUAGUGCAAUAUUUUGAAUGAAUGGGGAUUAUUUGACAAACCUAUUUAAAUCACCUUCAUUUCAACAAAUGUUACAAUGCAGCUAAUAAUACUUCUGUAGCUUCAUUUUGUAUUUUAAAAGCAUAAGAAUGCAAAAACAGUUUAGAAUACAUUAAUUAGAUAUGUCCUAAAACCACUUUUUAAAAAAAGUCUUUCCACUUACAGAGAAAUCUCCACAAUAGAACUGUUCACCUUUUAUAUAUUUGUUAUCAAUAAAAAUGUCAAGAUUGGAG